AUGUUGGCCCCGCGCCCCCGCUCCUCCGCCGUCCGCUUCCAUAAAAGGGCAGCGGCGCCUCCCUCCCUUCUCCCCCCCCCCGCCCCGCCUCGGGCCUUUCUGGCCGCCUCCUCCUCCUCCUCCUCCCUCCCCUCAGGCGGCGCCCCGGGGGGCGGGGAAGGCUCCCGUCCUGGCGGCGUCCGCGGCGGUGGCCAGAAGCGAGAAGCGCCCUCCGCCGCCUCCUCCUCGCAGCCGCCACGAAGGGACGCUCCCCGGCCGAGGAAGAAGAGGAGCCCAGCCCGGCAGGCGAGUGGGGGCGGCGGCGGCGACGGGGGGCGCGGAGAGUCUCUCUCUCUCUCUGUGUGUGCGGGAAUUUGUGCGAACGUGUGAAUGGUGCGUGUGAGGGAAGACGCGUGUGUGUGUGAAUAGGACGGGGCUUUGUGUCUGCGAGGGGUUUUCGUAUGUAUGAAUUCGUGGGGGGUGGGCUUUGCUUCCCCACCCUUUAAAGAUAAUGGGAAGCUGAGGGGGUUGCCUUUUUUUCUCUCCUCCCCGGCCCACUUGUAGGUCGAGGGGCGCAUCCCUGCACAUGCCCAUCCUUAAGGCACCGCGUUGUGGAGCUGGGCUGGGUGUGGGUGCGAAUGGGGGUCGGGGUUGUAUAUGGCUAUGUCUGCCUGACCCCCCUUUCCGUCUCUCUCCCCUUCCCUCCCCCACCCACCCAUUUCCCCCCGGGUUUCUUUUCCAGAGUCUCUUCCCUCUUUGCAUGCGACCCUCCUCUGGAUGGAGGUUAUUGUGGGGCAAAGACGGGUCUCCCUCUCUUCCUUUUUCUCCUUUUCCCUCCAUCUCCUCCACCCCUGCCUCCCCAUCCCUCUUGCACAGCCCGAAUAGAGCUUCCCUUGUUCCUUUCGGACUCUCACUCUCUCCGCCCAAGCGAAGUCUUGGCUGCUAUAUAGAGUUGCCCUUGACUCGCCUUUAAAAUACCAUUAAUAAUAGUAGUAGUAGUAGUAAUAAUAUCUGUAUUUUCUAGGAGGGAAGGGCUAAGGAGACCCUUUUAUGGGUCAAGGGGUGGCGCUCUUUUUCCGGCGGAGGGGUACUAUCCAUUUCUAAUUUUUCGCACCCCUUUUAGCACAGAUGUUGGAGGGGAUGUGCAGACUCAGGGUAAUAAGGAGGGAGCAUGUCACGCAUCCGUGUUGAGUGCCGGGGUGAAAAUUGAUAGUAUGGAUGAUGUGUGCCACACACAGAGAGAAAGAGAAGAUGAACAGUAAACAAAUAAGGAAAACAUUGUGUUGUAGGUGUAGGUGAGAAGCUGAAUAAGGGCAUUGUAAUCCCUCCUCUAAAUAUAUUAGGCAGAGUUGGGGCUAAAUAAGGUUUUGGUUUGCAUUGCCUUCAUGCUCGCGUUCUUCCAGCAAGUUUGCAGUCCGACUCUGCCCUCCCCCACCAAUUGCCUCACUAAGUUCUUUGUAAAUUGAGCCAUGUGUUGGGAGCUCUCAGCCUUUUCUCCUCUUCUUCUUUCUUCUUCGCAGCUGACUUAGGGAAAGCUUGUUUGCCUUCCCUGGAUUUGGCUCCUUCAUGCUUUUCCUUCAGUAAAUGGGAAGCAGGGAGAGGCGUAUGAGCUGAGGCUUCUGCUUAGCUAAUGAAUGCCGUUUCCUCUGCUGCUUGCUUGCAGGAAGGAGGAACGAUGGCUCUGGACGGUAUACGGAUGCCAGAUGGCUGCUAUGCGGAUGGGACGUGGGAGUUAAACGUCCAUGUCACAGACCUGAACAGAGAUGUAACUCUGAGGGUCACAGGAGAGGUCCAUAUUGGCGGCGUCAUGCUGAAAUUGGUGGAAAAACUUGGUAAGUUGUAACUAUUGGGGGAAAGGUGUGGCCUUUCUCCUUGCUUUGGUGGAAGCUGGAAGGCGAAGCGCUGGGUGUGGAAAUGAAAUUGCAUAUUUGCAUCGCACAUGGGACUGAUUUCAGAAACCCAUAACUAUUUUUAAAUGCCAGGUUUUUUUGUUAGAGAAACUUGAUGUUGGAUCUCUUUCUCUAGCAGGCAGAAUACAGGCCACAUCUGAGUCUAACCCUUCUCCUGGUUAGCUACCAUACCUUUCUCUAGUUUUUACAAUGGCUGCUGGGUUCUGUACAAAACUUGCACAUAAAUACAAGUGUGAUAGUAUUUACAGGGACAUGUAAUGACAAGUAGUAGAAAGUGCCAUCCUGGGUCAGUGAUGUGGCAGAGACAAAGGAGUCAUUGGUCUAAGGAUCUUGAUUUGACCAUACAUGUGUUUAAAUGUAAAGGCUGGUUUUUGCAGUCAGAAGAACUGCAUAAACUGUGCUUGUAUGUUCAAGCUCCACAUAGAGGAUUUACCCAUAGAUGGUGUGCCCCCCCUCCUCCAAAACUCCUGAGCUUCUGAGAGGGGGAUAGACUUCACAUGUAAUACCAGAAAUGCACUGCACGUGACUGAAGGAAUCUAGGCUAGCAUUGUUUUCACUGCAAAUUAGGGGAAGUUUCUCAGAUAUGAUAGGUGGUUUCUAAAUUCUAGAUUAAUGAAUGCUCUAUUGUAUGUGGCUGUUCCUUUUCUUUGGACUCAUUAAGUUCAGUUUCUAGGAGUUUAGACCAAGUGAUAGGAAAGGAGGGUCUGUGCUAGUUAUUACAAAAACUUUAAGAUCGUUAAGCAGGGCAAUGUUUACUAUUGUAAACAGUUAUUAAAAUGCUCAUUCCUCCACAUGCCCCCCAAAAAACUUCUGACUUUCUGAAAGAGUCAUUGCAGUGUUAUUACAGCUAGCUACCUCUCUUAGGCAAGUGUAUGGUGUUAUGGCUUAGUGCAGCCUCCUGCGUUAGAGAGUGUCCUAGGCUAUGUCAGGCACCUGUUAAUGAGACAUGGUAGCUGUUGCUAUACAGCAAGUUGUACACAGUACUGCCAUUAGAACAUUUCUGCUUGGCACAUUAUGCCUAGUGAGCUUUCAUCAAUGUGGUCUGCAUUUUGUGGAGUGCACUGUGGUUCAGUGCUAAAGUUCCUGUGCUGGUAAAAGAUGCUGAGGUUUAUACAGUUGGUAAUCUGAUGCUUUCCUUCCUUAAUAAUGCAUUUGAGUCUGAAUAGUAUACUAGUUUAAACACAACAUCCUUAUCAGCUCCGCAGCACACUUAUGGUGCUAUGUAAAUACUUGAUUUGCUGGCUAGUUAUGUACACAAGUCAUAGCUGGUGCAGCUAAAAAAAAAGAGUUGUCCUGCACUGUACUAAAACUUUGUACUGAUGUAAUAAGGAAGGAAAAGCAGAUAUAAAUACUUGGUUCAAAAGGAAGUUUGUGCGUGCGUGAAGGACUCUGAGGCUUGACAUGGCUUGUGGGACUGUAGAAAAUCAGUUUUAGAAAUAUAUUUUUUGUCCUUGGGUUAUGAAAAGAAUGUUUCAAGGUGAUUGCAGGCCUCAGCACUUAAAGUUGUUCAGCCUCUUCAAAUAUUAAGCAAAGAAGCACCACAGUCUCUUACAUAAUGAAUAAGUCAUGCCUUCUAUUGGCUUUGCGUGUCAUUGAUGAGAAUUGUCCACAUGUGUAUAAUUUGCUCAAAGUAUAGGAUGGAAUUCAGUGGAGACAGCAAGUUUUUAAGAUGCUCUGUGGGAUGAGUUUAAUUGCCCUCCACAGGAUAAAAGCUUACUUGAAGUUCAAUCAUAUACUUUGGGAGGCCAUCCUCAUUCUAACUCUUACGGUUCUGUGUAAAUGUCUCAUAAUGAGGAUCAUGCGUGAAUCUCUUUUGCAGUGGGCUUUAUAAAGCUCCAGAAGCAGGUUGUGUAAGUGUGCUGUUUUGAUAAUGUGUAGAUCAUGAAGGAGAUCGUGUUGGGGUCAAAGUCCCCUCUACAAGCCAGAUGAAAAUAGUGGAAACUUUUUUACAGUACCUUUGACCUUGGAUGUAGGCCAGGUUGUAAUAUCUAUCAAGUUAAAAGCUAACAGGAGCAUACAAGUAAAAACAGUUCUGAAACUUGGGAUAGUUAUGGCAGCUGUGUUUUUUUUAAAAAUAGAACUACAUUUCUUUAAACUGGCCUUUAAAAGAUAAUGACUGUAAACUGAAACUAUGAAAAAACGUUAUAUUUGCAGCGUUGUCUUUUUGCCCAUCCUGUUUGUUCUGAAAAAUCUUGGGAUAGCAAUGUGUUUGGAAUAGAAGUACUUUGUAUGCAUCUUCUCAUUAACUCUGUAAACAAUGCAGCUUUCUGAUUGCUUCCAUUUAGCAGAAGAACAUCUGUUUGUGGAGGAUAAGUCUCUAAUCAGAAUGACAAUAAACUUGUAGUGGUCACUUCUGUAGCUGUAGCUCAGUGGCUUUCCUUGCAGAAGGUCCCAGAUUCCAUCCCUGGCAACUCAGGUAGGGCUGAGACUAUCAACGCCAGUCUGUGAAGACCAGGGGCUCCCACACUGUGGCCCGUGAACUUUGUCAGAUAUAUUCAUAUAUACAUUUUAAUUGUAUUCUUGUUUUUAUUUCUUACUGAUUGUACUAUAUUGUAUUCCACGUUAAUCAAACUGUAAUACAAUAAAAUUUUAUAAGAAAUAAGCAAUAUAUACAAUUAAAAUCAUACAGCAUCUAGCACAGUGCAGUUCAACUGUUAAAAACAGCCAGAAAAUUUAUUAAGUGGUCAACCAAGGUGAAAUGUUUGGGAACUACUGGUGUGGACAGUAUUUAAAUGGAUGGUCCAGUGGUCUGACUCGUUAUAAGGCUACUUUCUAUAUUCCUAACUAAUUCACUGCAAAUUAAUGUUUGCUUUGUGGGAUGGCUUAGGGGUAGAGCACAUGCUUUGAAUGCGGAAGUUCUCACAUUCAAUCCCAAUCAUCUCCAGGUAGGACUGGGAGAGAUCCUUUCUGAAAUCCUGGGAAGCCACUGCCAAUCAGGUGGGACUGAGCUAGAUGGAACAAUGGUCUGACUCUGUAUUAGGCACUUUCCUGUGUUCUCUCUCAUUGUUCACCUGUUGCAUAUAACAAUUUUGCACUGCAAUCCUAAGCAUGCUUCAAAUCCCACUGAGUAUGUUUCAGGUUACUGACAGUAAGAAGAUGCCAAGUUAUAUGUAUAAUACGGUCCAUCCUUUAAGAUGAGGGUCAGAAACUUAUACAGAUGUAGCCUGUGGUGCUUUCUCAUGCAGCUUCCAUCCUCCCCGCCCCCAGUAGCAGUUAGGCUGGAAAACAGACUCCCAUUGCAGCCACUGGCAUUUGUGGAGAGGGGUUUAACUGGACAGGAAAGGCUUAUUCCUCUCUGUGUCUCUGUGAUUCACUCUCCCCUCUUGAACCCUCCCCAUGUGGCAUCUAGGCUUGAAAAGCAGCUUCCCUAGCUGCCAAUGGAAAGCUGUUUUCAAGCCUAAUUUUUUGUGAAUGAAUGUGUUGUGUUCAGAGUUAGCUUUGUGCACAUUGCACCUGGGAAGGGAAGGGCUAAUGCUCCUCUCCUCAACUGCUGUCUCCAUGAAGACUGCCACCCUCCGGCAUUUAGACUUGGGGGGAGGGAACUGAAAUGUGUUUUUCAAGCCCAAUUCACAUGUGAGUUAAUGGAUGUGUACAACCUUUGCUGUCAUAUGGCCCCUGAAAAGUUAGGCACAAGGGAAUAUGGCCCUUAGGCUCCCCAUCACUUCUUUUAAGAGAUAAGGGGGGGGGAUGCCACAGGGUUCCUGCAAAUGGGUGGAAGACAUGGGCCUCCGUUGUUGUCAUAGAAACAGGGAUACCAAGACAAAUCCUUUACAUGACUAGCAAUGCUGCUUUAAUUUUGUGAUAUAUUGUGUGGGCUUUCAUAUGUGGCUGUCUGCUUUGGUUAUUUAAGCUACAUGGUAAGCUAAGGUAUCUUUGAUUGUUGCUCUUUGCUUUCAAUGAAACUGUUAAUUGCAUAAGUAACCGGCAGCUACAAAACUUAACAGAGAUCACUUUAGCAAAUGCUGUUGUUGUUGCUACAACUGUGGCACCCUGUGUAACUGGUAAGCCUUAGAAAAUCACUUGAAUUGCUUAACUGAUGGGUUCAAGGACUCUUUCUGCUUAUACUGUAGCUCUGUGUGUGAAACACACUGAGCCAUCUUGCCAUUUUCCUCAGUUCAGGGUCUGUGACGUUAGCCAUGGAGAAGGCGUCCUUGUGCAGAGGGAUAUUUGUCUUGAGAUUGGAAGGAUGUGGUGCUGAUGAGCAAGAAUAAGCCUACCCUUACUCAGUAAUCCUGUUGAUUAAAUACAUUUUGCUUCUGGGAUUAGGAAACUGGAGAGGUGGGACCAAGAACAGUGUAGGUGAAAGAGAAGAAUCAUUUCCCUUGCUCCUGCUCUCUUAAUUCCCUGUUUCAUCAGCAUACAUACAUACAUAAUUUUAUUUGUAUGCCGCCUUUUCACAGUUCAAAUCAUUCUCAAGGCAGCUUGCAACAUUAAAAAUAUGUAACUAUACAGCUUAUAAAAGUAGUCAUAAAGAAGAAAUAAAACAUUAAAAAAUACACAGUGAAAUUUCCACAUAAAUCACAACAAGAUCUAAAAUAAAUACGGUUUAGUGCAGCGCAUGGGGAUUUGCUGAGCGGGCGGCUCGGUUUGGGGGCUGCAAGUGCACUUUUUCUAUAACAAGAAUACAAAGCUGACAAUGAAUGCACUGCAGCUAAAAUAUUAUGUUCAUUUUUCACAUGGUCUAGUCCUUCCCCUGCCCACCCCUCUAAUAUUCUUAAGAGGGUCUCUUCUCCAGUCUUCAGAGAGUGGCUGGAAGUGGGGAGGCAGAAAAAGGUCCCUCCUUUCCUCAGAAACUGCUCGCGCUAAUGAAAUUCCCUGCCUAGAACAAUGGGAGUUUUGAACACUGCACAUGACAAAACCACCCAGCCACCCCCAAAUUUGAUAAUGAGCUUCCACACCAGUGAUAUCAUAUAACUAGUUAUCUUUACUUCACAAUUUUCCCUCAGUAAUUGGAAAUCCAGAUUAAAUGUAAAAAAUAUGGGCCGGCAUUUGAUGAUGAUGUCAUUUGGACAGUGCAAAAAAGUUGCAUGCACAAGCAGCACCUAUUUCACAGUAAACUGCUGUCUGGAAGCAUUCUCAAUGCGUUGCUAGUGAUUUGUCACACAGCUAUUGUACUAACUUCCUGCUCUGAAUCUGACCAAUGUGGAGAACAAACUUAAGUUACAAUGCUAUUUAUAGAAGAUUGGCUGUCCUAUCUGGUGCACGUUUCGAAUCAUGAAUAGAAUCCAGUGGUAGCACAGAGAAUGUGCAAUAUUACCUUUUGCCACAGGCUGGUUCAGGAAUACUUUCAUUUUCUGAUUAAGUAAUUAAUGAUGGAAAUGUGAUGUUUAAAUAGCCCAAUAUGCUGCUUGGGCAUGGAUGUUAUUUUGGAAUAAGGGAGACAGCUGUGGUUUAUGAUCUUUUCUUUCUUCAUUGUCAUUCUUCCAUCCCUCGUUUUAGACAUUUUUUAAAUUUUUUAUUUUGGUGGAGCUUUUCAAUCUUUAACCUUUUCAGCUGUUUUUCGUUGAACUUUUAAUCCCUGCAAAUCAGAUAGAUAGUCUGUUCCUUCAGUACCUUUCUGUUACUGGAAAUCUGAUGAUAGCAAGCUCAAGUGUUUCUCUUAGGAAUAAAUGUGUAAAUUCAGGGCACAAGCAUUCAUUUAGUGGUGGAUUUCUCUCUUUCCCAUUAACGUGGGGGUUGGUGAGAGAAGGAAGGUUUAUGAAUAAAACACAAAGAAAAUGCAGUGUUAUUGAUUUACCAGUUUUGCGCGCACUUGAGGUUUUACUGUAAUGGAGGGAAUGCUUGCAGAUUCAUUGAGUUGAAUCUGUAAUGAACCUUCUGUAAGCAACAGAAAUAAAAACAAUUCAGUCCAAAUGGUCAGUAUAACAGUUUUUCCAUUUAAAGUUGUUAUAAUUUCAAUGAACAAGUCUUCAGUUUUCUCUGUUGCCUUUUAUAUAACUUCCUUUCAUCACUCAGCCCUACCUUUCCCCCCUCUUUAAUUUGGGUUUUUGGCUCAAGUCCAUAGAUGGCUACAGGGAGAUCUGCAUGCAAAUUGCAGUUUUCUUUAACAUUUCCCCAAAUUCCCCUCCAUUCUUCCACCCCUUCUGCAUUGCAAAAGGCUUUUAAAGCUCCCCUGGGUAUAAAAUAAACAAUUUGCAUUGUUGAAUAGGGGACUGUAGUUUGGGAAACUGAAACAGAAACCCCCACUGUGAUAUCCCCUUGGGGUGUCUGCAUGUAACUGGGCUCCUUGAUUCAUAUUUUGAAUGAGGGGAAGCCAGCUUGAUGGUCAGCAGAAAAGAAAAUGUACUUUGAAAGCACAUACCUAGGAGUAAGCCUCUCUCUAAAUAUCCUGAGAUUUACUUCUGAAUAUGCAUAGGAUUGUGCUGUUGAUGUGACUAAGAGUCUGGCACUUCUUGCUAUUUAACAGAGCUUUUAUUAAAUCUCUUUGCUUGCUCUAAGCUAGCCUUCACCAGCCUGCUGCCUUCCAGACUGGACUUCAGCUCCCAAAACAUUACACUGUAGUUUAAAAUAUAUGGAGGGCACCAGGUUAGAAAAGGCUGCAUUACACUGGUAUAGUGUUCUUCCUGCAGCUUACUGUGUGUAUGAUUAGAAUUUUAUUACGAAUUAGUCUUAUCUGUUUUAGGUGGACAAAAAUAUGCCCUUCAAUGCCUGAGUUAAAUCGAGUUCCAGAUUCCUUGGUUUGUCAGCUGCUUGCUGGCAUGGUUCUUUAGACUUGUGAUUUAAUAUGUCUGCUCUGAUGUAAGCAUCCUCUUGAAGGAAAACCCCUCUUCUUAGGAAGUCACAGGCAUGUGAAUCUGGUUUGUCAAAGUAAAGGAGGAGGAACAAAUGGGGACAUGAUAGCAAGCAGGCUUUAAAUAAGGCAAAUGACUCUGUGUGCUAAGCAUCCACCAGCGUCUUUUCCGAAGAGGAAGUGACACACAAGCUUUGGCACUCUAGUUACUCAGUUGGCAGGACUUGCCGCAAAGCACAAUAUCUAGCUGUUGACUUGCCCUUGAGCAUAAAGCAUUUGCUAUGCAGUGCCUAUAGUGAAAUGGAUUCCCCCCCCCCCCCAGUGAAAGGUCGCUUUUAAAUAACUGGUCAAAAACGUGCUGUUUGAUUUCGGGUGUUAGAAGGCAGGAUGGUAAUAUUGAGACUCACAGCUUCCCCCAGCUGCCAACAGAUGGGUUUGGUUUAACUGCUAUAGAUUUGUUUAGGAGAUAGAAAUGGCUUCUUCGGAUCAGACCAGUGAAUGGUCCAAAUGCUUCAAAUUAGAUCUGAAUGGCAAUUUCAACAGCGUAAGAUACUCAAGAGCUCUUCUCUGGCUCUUGGCUGUUUCUGUCUUCAUUCCAUUAAUAUUUAUAAGUAUUUUGAUACCCAGAACAUUGACUUUAUUAGUAUGUCAUUGAUAUUUACUGCAUGGGUUUUUAUUAAAAAGUUUUGGAUGUAUAUAUUUACAUCUUAUAUCCUGUCCACACACAAUCCUUCGUGGUAGAUUAGAUUAAGAGAGUCUUGCCAAAGAUUGGUUGGCAUCCUUCUGUCUCAGGACACAGUGGAAAAGUGCACCUUUGGGAUGAAGUCAAAUUGUUGUAGAUUUACAGCACCUUCUUCUACGGCUGUAGAGACUAAAUACGGGAGAGGCAUGUUUCGUUGCAGCUGGGGCAGAUGAAGGCAUUCAGUUGUGCUGCUGCAGGUGUACCAUGACAUUUCUUUCUGCACUCCUCCCAGCAGUCAUUCCUCUUCUGAUCACUGUUAUGGAUAUACAACCUGACAGUCUGUCUCCAGGCACUAUGGUCAUCUGCAAGGGAUUCCCACGUGGUGGGGUUAAUGCUGCUAGCCUUUAUGUCAUGUUUGCAGACGUCUUUGUAACACAAGAGUUGGUCUGCCAAGGAACCUGGGGCCUGAUGUCAGCUCCCUGUAGAACAUGUCCUUGGGAAUCCUGUCAUUUUCCCUUCUGUGUACAUGACCAAGCCAGCGUAGACGUCGCUGAGACAGGAGAGUGAGCAUCCUGGGAAUGUGGACUUGGAAGAGCAUAUCUUUGUUUGAGACUCUUGUCUUGCCAUGUGGUGCCCAAAAUCUUCCUUAUGCAGCACAUGUGGAAGGUAUUGAGGCAUCACUCCUGGCCAGGUGUAAGUUGCCCACGUGUCUCUACCAUAAAGCAAGCAGCGUGCCCAACAUGCACAUCUGGUAGUCCAUCAUCUUGGUAUUGGUUGUUAGCAUCACAUUCUCCCAUAACUUUUUGGAGAGGCGAGCCAUUACCGUAGCUGCGUGUUGUGCAAAUGGAAGAUCUUGUGCACAGCUUCCGCUGAUAGGACUGGUUAGGUGAACCUUGCCCACGUAGUACAGUCGUACCUUGGUUCUCGAAUGGAAUCCAUUCUGGAAGUCUGUUUGACUUUCGAAAGCCAAGGCGUAGCUUCUGAUCGGCUGCAGGGGCUUCCUUCACUCAAUCGGAAGCCGCAUUGGAUGUUUGACUUCCAAAAAACGUUCACAGACUGGAACACUUACUUCUGGGUUUGCGGCAUUCAGGAGCCAAAACGUUCGAGUCACAAGGCGUUCGAGAACCAAGGUUCUGUACAAGCUGUUAGAAAGAAAAUAUUCAUUUUGCCUUAAAUAGUUCAUUAUGUCAUUUAAAAUGUACAUUCUGUUACCAUAACCUUGGUUUUCAAAAUGGGACAAUUUUUUUUACAAUUAAAUAAAUAGUAACAGGAAACAUUUAUAACUGAAUUAGUCAUUCAGGGGCUACAAGUUUAAAGGAAAUACUCAGGCAGGGGUCAUAGAAGUAGGAUUUUAAAAAUAUUUUUAAAUUGCAGGAGUCAUAUGACAAAUAGUUUGCUCUUUUCCUAGCCCUUUCUGCUGCCAAAACUAUUAGAGGGAAUUCCUAUAGAUAUCUGCUGUCUCUUGUUAUCAGUUCAUUUAGUUCUGUUUACUUCCAAGAGGACAGAACAGUUUAUCUUGCUCCUUUCAAAUUAACUGCGUGCAUAGAAUAGAAUAAUCUUAUACGUUUCCUUAAAAGAAGACAGAAACAGCACUGAGAACUGGUUUGGUCUGAAAGAUUGCAGUCUUCUUAGCAAUCCUAAAGUACUGGUUUUGUUAUACCGCAGGCAGGAAACAGUUGGGUUGUAGUUUAGACCCAGCCCAAAUCAGUAGCUUCCUCUUAAGACUGUGACUUUGUUGUUUCUAUUUCCAGAGUUCCAGAGUUAUUUAUCCAUAACUUUCUAGGGAACUGAGCCUAUAUUUUUUAAAAUGCUAAUUUAAUUGUAAUUUGUUGUGGUUUAUAGAACAGUUUCUAAAGCAGGGUUGCUAAGCUGUUUGCGGGUUUCUGGCUUGGUUUGAGGGAUCUUGAGGGCGGCUGCUGCCAGCAGCAUCUUUUGGGUCCAUUGCACGAAAAGUAUACAGCCCACUCCCUUGGUGACUUUCGGCAAUUCUUCUGAGCUAUGAACUGGCCCUGGGGAACAGUAUCUGCUCAAGUGAAAAGGGUGUUGCUUACCGUGAAAAACUGUCUGGCCUUCCUUUCAGCGACUAUUGAAAAGCGAAUUGAGGGAUUUCUAAGUAAAGGUAAAGGUACCCCUGCCCAUACGGGCCAGUCUUGCCAGACUCUAGGGUUGUGCGCUCAUCUCACUCUAUAGGCCGGGAGCCAGCGCUGUCCGCAGACACUUCCGGGUCACGUGGCCAGCGUGACAAGCUGCAUCUGGCGAGCCAGCGCAGCACACGGAACGCCGUUUACCUUCCCGCUGGUAAGCGGUCCCUAUUUAUCUACUUGCACCUGGGGGUGCUUUCGAACUGCUAGGUUGGCAGGCGCUGGAACCGAACGAUGGGAGCGCAUCCCGCCGUGGGGAUUCGAACCGCCGACCAUGCGAUCAGCAAGUCCUAGGCGCCGAGGUUUUACCCACAGCGCCACCCGCGUCCCAAGGAGGCAAAAGCCUACGGCACCCAGUAUUCCCAGGCGGUCUCCCAUCCAAGUACUAACCAGGCCUGACCCUGCUUAGCUUCCGAGAUCAGACGAGAUCGGGCGUGUUCAGAGUAGUAUGGCCGUAGACAUGGAUUUCUACAUCAGUAUUAUUAGGGGGAAAUGAGCCCAUGAUGACCAUUAAUAAAGCAAAUUCUUAGUUAUUUGAUUUAUAUCAUCUGUUGGAAAUCUGAGGUGAGAUACCCACAUAGCUGAAGUUGCCCUCAACUCAAGUCACCAUGAAGCAAAGUCUGAAAUAGUUUACUGCUGUGGAAGAUUAGGCUGGAAAAUGAUCUAUACAUAUAGCUUGUAGGCUUUGCAGAUAUUUAUUCAGAUAGAUACAAGUAGAAAGUACCGCAUUUUUCGCCCUAUAGGACGCACUUUUCCCCCUCCAAAAAUGAAGGGGAAAUGUGUGUGCGUCCUAUGGGGCGAAUGCAGGCUUUUGCUGAAGCCUGGAGAGCGAGAGGGGCCAGUGUGCACUGACCCCUCUCGCUCUCCAGGCUUCAGGAAGCUCUGUGCAACCCUCGGGAGACCGGCUGCGAUGGCUGCGCAGAGCUGCCUGCAGUCCCGGGCUCAGCGCAGCUCUGCGCGGCCAUCGGAAGCCGGGCGCAAAGUCCCGCCCGGCUCCCGAUGGCUGCACAGAGCUGCCUGCAGUCCUGGGCUCAGUGCACUUCUCUCCAUCGCCAGCCCCACAAGCUCGGGGGACAGUGGGGAGGCGGAGCGCGCCUUCCCGCUGUUCCCCGACCUGGUUCUUCCAGCCCCACACCUGGGGGGGGAAAUAAUUUUUUUCCCCUUUAUUUCCCCCCCAAAAAACUAGGUGCGUCCUAUGGGCCGGUGCGUCCUGUGGGGCGCAAAAUACGGUAGCUCUGUUGCUCCAGCUUCCAGAUGUAACACAGACUCCAACUCAUGGACAGACUCACUGAUUGUGCUUUAAUCAUUUAUAUAGAAGGCACAGGACCCUUGCAGCUGGCUUGGCUGACCUUUCAUCUCUCAUACAUGGGGUAAUAUGUGCCCAUGGAUGCAAUCAACCCUUUCCUCUGUGUACAGUUCCUCCAACAUAUUCUUCUCUAUACUCACUACAGGUUACAAUAGUAUAGAAAUAAAAUUGCCACAUAAAAUAUUAGAAAAGCAAUGUUGGGAAAUUGUGUUUAUUAUCUUUAAAAUGUUCUAAUCUGACUUCCAAAUGCUUGUUCAACAAAAGCUUCAAAUUGUCCUCUGGAAGAUGGUUGGGCAUUGGUAGAGGCCAAGAAAGGAAGAAUUCAAAAGCUGUGGAACAAGCAUCAAAUACAAUGUUUGUUGCAAAGGCAUGAAUGACAGUGGCUGCAUCAGACCUGUUAGAGGAGUCCUCAACCUUGUGUCACUGUGUAGAAAGCUUUUGUGGCAAUCAUCCAGCAGCACUCAAGGUCUCUUGAGUCUGAGCCACUGAAGGGAAGGGGGCUGAGCCACAUUGACGUUCCAUUCCCAAAUCCCAGGGCCUCUUGAUGAUGACUGCAGACAGAAGUUACUCUCAUGAAAGGGUUAGCGGGGGGGGGGGGGGCCCUUUGGGUAACCUCCCAGUCAAAUCUCAUAUAAUAACUUUUAAUGCCUCCAGAAAUGGCAGCAUAUGAUUUUCAGGGCAACUAUUCUUCAAGUUUGUCUGAAUGUAUCCCCAUUCACUCUAAAAUACGUACAAAUACAAUGGUACCUCAGUUCUCAAACGAAAUCCAUUCUGGAAGUCCGUUCGGCUUCCAAAACGUUCGAAAACCAAGGCGCGGCUUCCCAUUGGUUGCAAGAGCUUCUUGCAGCCAGUGGAAGCCGCAUUGCACAUUCGGGUUCCGAAAAAUGUUUGAAAACAGAAGCAUUUACUUCCAGGUUUUCCGCAUUCAGAAUCGAAAUGUACAUUGACGGAGGCAUUUGGGAACUGAGGUUCCACUGUACCUAUCUGUAUUUCUCUGCCUCUGAGAGAGGAUCAUACGGGGCUGGGGAAGAAGGCUGAAAGGUAGUGCAGUUAAGACUAUGCAAGAACAUUAGCAUAUAAUUCUCCGUUUUUAAAUAUGCUCUUCACCAAAAGAGGGGGGAAAUUCUGUGCUUAUUUCUACUGCAGUAGUUUAAGAUGCUGCUUAAUUGAAAUACUUUAUUGUCACUUGUACAACUUGUAUACAGUGAGAUUACACAAAUUAAUUAACCAAAUUAAUGCCGAGUGACUACAAACAAACAAUACCACCAACACUUUCUUCCAAAACAGAAGAUGAAAAAUGUAGUGGGGUGUGGAACUAGUGACUUUCCACAUAUUGUUGGGCUCUCAGCUCUCGUCAGUCUCAGCCAGCAUGGUCAAUAGUCAGGAUAUUGAGAGCUGGGAGUCCCAGCAUCAACUGGAGCAGGGCAGUCAAACCUCUCAGACCAAGCGGGCUGCAAGAGUACUUUGACACAGAACCUGCAUGCCACUUAAAUUUCCAUAUCAUAAAUUUAAGUGUUCACAAUAUAGGUAAUAAUUAAUAUAAAGAUAUGUAAUUAAAUAUAAUUAAGUGCACAAUUAAUAGAUUUAAUAUCCUAAAAUAGCAUGACAUACAAAGUAAUGUCUGUUCCAUGCUAUCCCGAACCCCAAGCUACUACAGCUGGACAGAAUCCUCCUACACUGCUUGCGUUUCAUUUCAUUUUCUCUUCCCUUCCCUUCUGUACUGUGGUAGGGGAAAGAAAGCAUGCCCUGCUCUGUUAUCUAUUAGUAGCAGAUGGAAGGGGCUGAUCAGAGCGGUCUUGACAGAACACCCCCCCCUACUCUAGGGUAAAGGGCUGAGAAGGCAGCUGUGCCAUCAUAAUGUGUGCGCAUAGACAGGACAGACUGUACCCACAGUAGCUCUACACCUCUUCGAGUGGAGAAGGAACCAAGCAGUGGUUCAAGAGGGGCUUAAGGCAACCCCAAACCAUCUCAGGGCUCAGCCCUGGAACAACUUCUUUCCAGUGGCAUACGAAAGUGGGCUGUUUAGGCACACCAAGAUCUCCUUUCGCUUACCACCUGAUAAAUAACCCCACACAGAGGGGUGGAGGCUGCCAAGUUCACAGGGUGGGGCUUCCAGGGAGUCUUGUGCCUCCGAAGCCUUUGAGAGAAAACAUGAUAGCUCUGGACUGGCAAGCGAGUUCCAUCCACAGAGAAGGAGCUCACACACUGCAUUCUGUUGGCUCCUCGUCUUUGCUGAGAAGUGCAUUCAGCAGGCGCACCAAUUCACUGAAGAGAGAGACCCACCUUGCUUUUCCCUCCCUCAUGUGGAAAAUCCCUCCAUGUUUUUUUGUUCCUUCCCUUCCCUCCAAGUUUGUCUGCCAUUGCCAGAGACCCGCGUUCCGCUGCCUCAGAUACCGUAGCUGCCACUGAGGCAGGCAACCAAGGCUUUGACUGAAAUAGGCAGUGUGUGAACCGCCACAAGGUAGACUGUGGGUGGUGUUGGCGGCAAAGCAGCAGCAGGGGCUGAGAAGAAGAGCGACCUCCAGGACACAUGCUUCAGUAUGAAAAACACAGAUAUAUAAACUAAUCACCAAAUGGCACCUUAAGCCUAGAUUACAGUUGCCACAACAGACUGUCUAGUUGCCAGUCUCCUCCCCUCCGAGGAGGUUGUUGUUCAUUUCAUUUCUAUACUGCUUUAUAUUUUAAAGAAGAAUCAACACAGUUUACAACACAUUAAAACAUCAAAUAAAACAAUCUAGAAUAAAACUGACAAGAAAUCUCCACAGAUCGGCCAGCACGCUGUCAUGCACCAGUGUCUUGGUGCUGGGGCAUAUGGGGGCGUGCAUGGCAACAGAAAACGCAGCUGCACCCCAGCCAAAUGGUGGAGAUGUCAGUCGCCAAUCCUGGCAACAAGACAUAUUCACUUGGCCGUAACUGGACAUGCUCCUAGAGCCCAGGGAAUUCGGAACACUGGCAGGCUUUAUUACUGCAGUGGUUGCAAAAUUUGCCUUGGCUGCAAGUAAGUUGAGAGCUAGGCACCAAGACAAGUAUCAUAAGGGGGUGUGUGAGAAGUGGAGUGCUUAACUUAUGCGGGCUUUCUCCAACAACUUCUUCUGCUGUAUAUUUCUUCUAAUUAUUGACAUUGUUGUCAAGAGCCACCAAAAAAGGCCUCGCAAGUCACAUGUAGCCCAUAGGCCAUGUGUUGGACCACCCUGACCAUGCGAUUGUGUGUCUGCCCUGCUAAAUUUUGUAUUCUCCAACCCACCCAUUUUCAGGACCAAAGUACAAGCAUUCUGAACUCUUAAAAAAAUCCAAAGUUAAUUCUUAUCUCGUGUGUCUCCUAUUUAUGACUCUUCCAUUUGCUGUGCUGAUAACAUUUUCUCUUAAGGAAUGUGUGUCUCCUUCAAGUAUCCCUACUUGGAACAUUUUCUCCUAACUUCAUUUGAGUCAGCAUGACUACUUGUGAUCAAGCUAUGAGCUUUGGAGAGAGUAGAAUGAAAUGUAAAUCAGCACUGUUUUGUUGGAUGGGUGGCUGGAUAUCAUAGAAUGGAAUGACUGGGGCUGCUACUUGCAUUCCUAAAGACAUAGUUAGCAACUGUUAUUAUGGUCUGGAAAUGCACCCAUACUGCUUUGUGUGUCAAAUGCCUCUUAAAAUAAAAACCCAUUGAACAAAAACUAGGCAUUCUAAUGCAAUAAAUUAUGUCUGGUGUAUUCAGCCUUGUAAGGUAUGUCAGUAUUAGCCUCUUAUUGCAAAUGGAAGGAUGAAAGGUUUGUUUAUGGCCAUCUAAUGAACUCAUUCCAAAGGCAAGAUUAGAACUAUAGACUUCCUGGUUCAUGAACCAGCCUCUGCCACUAUGCAACAGUUGAAGUUGGUUCUGUGCUCUUCAAUGCCUUGAAAUAAGGCAUUCAGAUGCCUCAUUUAGCCAUCCAGUUGAGACUUUCCGGUUCCCUUUUCCCACUGAAAAUUUGCAGUCCUCUGGCUCAAAGAAAAGUUUAUAAAGAUCGCUUGCGCUUUUAAAUGGCAGCAUGGCAUUAAUGGUUUUUAAGUAGCAGAACUUAAAGGGAGCUUAUGAGUGUUUUCUUUUGGGUUGAAAUUCAGUUGCCCAUGGGUACAGAAAUGGGGGCGUUCUGUAUUGCAGUUGGGCAUUGGAAAAGCUAAUGCACAAAAACUCCUCUAGAUAUGGAAGUCUACACUAUCUUGAGCUGGAACUGGGAGAGACAAACCAUGAAGCUUGGCUUGGAAUUACAUGUGAACCAACAUUCACGGUUUGUUUAUCUCCAUGCAAGCUGAUUAGUAGAAGCCAAGGCAUAGUACAAUACUUGUUUUUCAUUUGGGACAAACUAGGAAUGUUGACCUCAUCUAAAGCUAGGUCCAAUCUUGUGGUUUGUUUCUCCCAGCACUGGACAAGACAGAGUGAAGUGUAGUAUACAUUUGAGAAGUAUGCACCAGCAUUCAGCUCACUUACAGUAAGCAAUGGUUUCCUUUCUACUGUGGCUUACUGUAAGAUACGUUCCAGCCCAAUGUCUGUUACGUCUGUACGUGGGCCAUUGUAUACCAAUAGUCUUGGAAACAAUUAUCAUAGAAUGCUUGGAAAUGGUGAAUUUAGAAGUUUGUAUUUGUUUUAGCUCAAACUGCUCUUGAGGACAGCAAUCUGGAAUCUGCCACAUACAUCUAAACCUGAAGCAGCAGAAGUGCUGGUGAUGCAGAAAGCUUGUUUCAGUGCCAAGACCAUUCCUCCACCCUCAGUGUUUUUCAGAGAAGCAGAAGUUUGGCCCACAGUUCAUCAUAGUCAUUUGACAGAAUUCUCUGAGAGCAGCCAAGCCUCGUUGCAAGCUGCAUGCUUUUCUAUAUUUGGUUUUGUUUAAUUUGAUGGUAGAGUAUCCUGGCUGCCACUCCUGAUGUUCAGCUAUAUUGCACCAACAGAACUUGCUUCUCUUUCUCUUUAAAUAAUUUGUUGUUUUUAUGAUGUCAGUGCUUUGAUGUCUUUAGAACCAACUGUGCCUUCCCUUUUCCUCUCUGCCCAAGUUAAGCUUUUCAGAAAGAUCAUGUGUUUCUCAAUAAUUCUCAAAAUGUUUUCUUGUUAGGAAGUAGAAUCUUAAGUGCUUUAUAUUCCUUAUGACCUUUAAUUUAGCUGCUGUGGUGGUGUAACGCCUUCACUGUGUCCCUUUAAACAGUUUCUUGUUCUGUGUGUAGAUAAGCCCUUCCUCUCUUAUCAUAGAGCACUUCUUACUUUAAAUUUGAAGAGGAUUCUGAUGUUCCUAAGCCAGAGGUUUUCGACCUUUUUGAGUCCAGGCGGGGCUUGUAGCCAGGGCUGCUGCAACAAACAGCCAUGCAAGCCUUUGGGAGGCAGAGACAUGAGAGGGCAUCAGAGGAGGGAGGGAAGGAAAGAGGUACAGAGGCCAGUGUUGCCUGCGGCAUCCCUGACCAUCUUUCAAGGCACCCCAGGGUGCCACAGCACACAGGUUGAAAACCACUGUCCUAAGCCUUUAAUUAGCUCUGAGCCAGGGUUGCAUGCACUUGGUUAAAACUCAUUGAAAGGUAAUUCAAAAUCUGCAUUGGCCAAAGAAAGGUUCUGUGGGUUGUAGGGGCGGUUUUCAUCCUUUGCCAUAAUUCCAAUUUUGCUAACUAAGACAGGAGCAAGAAGCCUUGGAAGGCAUCAACUACUAGAAAUCCUGUUUGGCCAGCUUUCAUCAAAUGCUCCCAUACAUUUUCAAGUACCCAUCAUGGAUAGAAACUUUUUAUCCUAAUGAAAGCUGAAAUUUUCAGGACGUUGGAUUAUGUGCCCAGCGUGGAAUUGUGGUAUACACUCAGUGCUGCCCUUAGAAUGCUACCAUUACUAGCCAGUUCCCUGGUAGUUCCCUCCCAUAGCUCAGCUGUGCUCUGCAGUGCCCUGUCCUGCUGGAUGGAAUUUAAAAAUUAAAAAUAAAUAAUCAGUAGCAUUUAAUUAUCACUGUAGAAGUAACAGCUGAUGACUCUGUAGCCAAAGAAACAUUUCAGUAAGCUGUAUAGACUGGAUUUGCUAGAUUUUUCUGUUUGUUUCCUAAUCUUUUUAUCUUUGGUGUCCUAGACGUCAAGAAAGAUUGGUCCGACCAUGCCCUGUGGUGGGAAAAGAAGAGAACAUGGCUCCUUAAAACUCACUGGACCUUGGAUAAGUAUGGAAUACAGGCAGACGCCAAACUACAGUUUACUCCUCAGCACAAACUCCUCCGACUUCAGCUCCCCAACAUGAAGUACGUGAAGGUGAAAGUGAACUUUUCUGAUCGAGUCUUCAAAGCUGUGUCUGACAUCUGCAAGACCUUCAGUGAGUAUCUGCUGGUUAUGGAGCCAAAUGUUGCCUCUUCAUGUGUCAAGCAGCUUGCGGCAGUCAAGCUUGAUACCUGUUCCGUAAUGCGAUAGUUAUCUGAAGCAUCAGCUUUCUAGCAAAUUAGCCUGCUUCCUCUGGAUUGAUUCUUCAACUUCCUAAGGGUUUAUUAUUGCACAUGGCCCUUGUGAAAAUAGGAAAGAAAAACUUUUGGCUGGUGGAACUAGUAAAAUGCCAGUCAGACAGUGGGAAUCUGUCAGUUAUGCACAAAUAUAUUUACUACUUGAGGAAUUUAUACCACACAGAUUAAUAAAAAUCCCAGAGCAGCAUACAACACAUUUAAAACAUACAAAUUAAAACCAUGCAGAAAUAUAGCAAAGAAAAAAAUAAAAUCAUUGGGAGCAGCACAAAAAAACACAAAUCCAGCCAAGGUCAGAUAUAUAUAUAUAUUAAAACUCCUUGCCUUUAACCAGUAGGCACCAGGUGAGGCUCCCUUGAGAGAGCAUUCCACAGGGCAGUUCCACUAAGAAGGGCUUCUCCCAGGGUAGCCCCCUGGCAAACAUAUGAACAUGGAACAGGAACCCUUGAGGAUCUUGGUUGUGAGGGCAGGUACAUGUGGAGACAGGUGGUGCAUCAGGAUCCUACAAAGAUCUGAGAUAGUGGAGCGGACUGAUGUCAUGGGUACUACUGGUUCAAAGACACUAAAGAAGGGGAAAACUGUGUUGUUUCCCCUAUGCAGCUUGUACAAUGAAGGAACAUUGUGGCAGGCAAACAGUUCUAUGCUCUCCAGACAUUCCUCUUCCUCUUGGCUUCCUUAUGGUACAGCCCCAGACACUUGGAGAUUGUUAUACAAUUUAAAAUAGAGUUUACUGGGGGUUUGUGUCCUUGAAAUUGUGGUUUAAUAUGUGGAUUUUUCAUUGGCUUGGUAAAAGAAUGUUCAUCCUGUCAGCAUCCCAUUGAAAUCUGGCAAACACGUCUGGUUUCUUGUUUUGUUUAAAUGGUUUUGAUAUACUUGUGGAUGAUAUCUCCCAUCGGCUGGAGCUCAGUUGGCGCCUUAGUUUCCAAGGAGUUGGAGGAGCUUAAAUGGAAUGGCAGAGGCUUGAGGAAAACUCCUGUGUAGAGGCUAAAUCAACCUCCACAAGGAACAGGGCCUUCUCGGUGGCCAUUCCUAGACCUUUCUCACAAGAGAGUUGCAUUAGGCUUUGUCCAGAAAGAUUGCAGCGAUGGGGUGGAAGAUCAUUCUUUUUUAGAAAGGUGUCUUAUAAAAAAUAUUCCAUGAUUUGGAGUAUAAAAGUUGCUGUAAGGUCUUUGAAAGGCAUAAAACAUGCUAAUAGUUUUAUGUUAAUAGAUAAUAGUACAUUCCAGAAUGGACUUGCCUUCAUUGAAGGUUUUUAAACAGAGGUUGGAUGACCAGCUGUCAGGGAUUAUUUAGCGUGAUUUCUGCAUUGCAGGGGGUUGGAUUAGAUGACCUGUUGGCGAUCCCUUCCAGUGCUACCAUUCUAGGAUUCUCUUUAAGUUGGAACGGUGUUAUAUUAGGCACAUAAUUAUGUGUAUGAGGCAUUAGGAGAGUGGUACAUGCUGUACUCCUUCUGGGGUAGUUUGUAGAGUGACUGCGGCAACCCAGGCAGAUGGACAGGGUUGGUUAGAGCAUGAUGAUGAUAAUGCCAAAAUUGCAGGUUCGAUCCCUGUAUGAAACAGCUGCAUAGUCCUGCAUUGCAGGGGUUGGACUAGAUGAUCCUCAAGGUCCCUUCCAAUUCUGUGAUUCUAUGGUAAUGAUGAUUUGUCCACCUUUGGUCCCCACCCUGCACUCCGCUCUCACCUGUGGCUCCAAGAAGCUGUCAGUGGGCUGUCAGUGGGAAACUGCUGGCCAGCUAAACCAGGUGAGGGUCGCCGAUGGAUCUCAAAUCCUCAGUGAGUUAGGGACUUCUGCUGCAUGCGAAGACAGGCUCUAGUGGAUGAGACCAAUAGUGGGAUCAGUGGUCAAGAAGGUGCCUUCUGUACAUGCUGUAGAGGGGAGGGGGAGCACAUGGGGCUCAUCAGCCUGAGAAGGUAGCCCAUCAAGGAGAAGGUCAACUCUGAUCCUAAACCUACAGUGGCUUGCUGUUAUCUUCGGAAGAAGAAAAAAGCUAAGGUAGAUAAUCCCGAGUGGAGCCCAUAAGACAAGUUGGUGCCAAACAUAUUGCUCUGCUUUGCUUUGGACCACAUCAUCAAGGCUGAGCUUGGGGUCUUGAUGUCUGGGCAGCCCAGGACAUCCAUACACACUUUGGUGCUGUUAACACAGUGGUUUGACUUCACCUCCGGAGGUGCACUCCAUUGUCUCAGUACAGAUGGUUGCCAGCAACAAUUAUAUAAAUUGAAAGUGAAUCAAUAGGGCACUUUUCCCUAAACUAAUAGUAGUCAUUGUGGUUCCCGCCAUGCUGGCUGGGGCUGUUGGAAGUCCAACAACAUCUGGAGGACACUGUGUUAACUACCACUGUUUUAGUUUGAACCCUGCCCGAUUUGAACUAUAAAAUUGUGGUUUUCUUGAGUCAAAAUGAGAGUAUCCCUAAACUUUUUUUUUUAGAUAAAAAGCACUGCCUGUAUCCUUUGCAUUUUAGACUGAAAAAAUCCCUUUAUUUGAAGGUACUGGAAGAUUGGGAGCUGGUCAUAAGAUGUGCUGACACUAAAGGCAGAUUAUGAGGAUGCUGUGUUUAUAAGAAAAAUGGCUAUCAAAAGGCCAUUCUUUUCCCAUAGAUCAAAGCUGCCCAACUUGUUGUCCAAGUUCAAAUCUUUUUGACUCAGAGUUCAAGCUAAAGCUGCCUUAGCUCUUUAAUGUUGCUUGCCUUUGUUCUUUUUUGUUGUGCUGGUUUUGGUGACAUCUUUGUUGAUUUGAUUUGUCUCUUUUAUUGGAUGGUGUGUGUGUGUUUAAAUUAUUAUGAAUAUUGGUGAAUAUAAAUAUUACAAGUUUAAUUUAAAAGAUUUAUACCCUGCCUUUAACUGGAAUGAUAAGGCAGUUUACAACAGAUGUUAAUAAUAUAAUAUGAAAUCUGAUUCAUAACACACAUGUGCAUGCACACAUAAGAAAAUGUAAUAAGAAGAGGCUCACUGGAUCAGACCAAAGGUCCAGCUAGUUGAGGCCAGUUUGUGUUCGUAACACUGUGCUAAAUAUGUGGGUGUUUAGGUCGGUCACACACUUCCUCAGCUACAAUUUAUUCUAAAAGAUCCUGCCCUUCAUCCAGGUUUUGCUUUUUAAAAAGCUAUUGAGAGUGCCUUAGUACCAAACUAGAUGUGAAUUAGACAGCAUGCAAGGGUGAGCUUUUAAUCAGGAUUGCAGUAUGUGAGAUUGAGAGUGGAAUCCUUCCUUCCCCAGUUGCAAUCUCAUUGAAAAUCUCCUGCCCCGCCUCACCAGGAAAAGAGCUCCCAUUGAUACCAGUGAAAAUCUCACAGCCCUCCCUGCUUUUAAAUUAACAACAACAACAACAAUGCCUAUAAAUACUUUCUAAUUAUGUGUUUCACAUCCUUGCAUCUAGUUUGGCCCUCUGUCUUGCUACAGAAGCUGUGCUGAUCAAUUUAAAGUUACAUACUGUUGAAUUCUUCUUUUACUAUGUCAAAUUUCUACUUUGGGUUACUUGUCAAAAGCAAAACACCAUUUGUGCCUCAUGUCUAAUAACCUUUACUAACAUGCCCAUCCAUGCUGAGUGCUAGGAUCUCUGUUGAACCAUAAAGUGGGAGCAUCCUUAAUCAAACAAACUUCUGUUUAUAUGUUGAGAGAGAGAACCCUUACCUACUCAGUGCUGCAGGGAAAAGAAGGGCAUGGGGAAGAGAGCAUGAAUACAAGUGGGCAACCUGUGGCCCACAUGCAGCCCUGAGGCUUUAUUUGUAGCCGAUGGAUUCUUGUUAAAAUUGGCUAUUAGAAUUUGCUCCCCCUCUACUUUAUUCGUAAGAUAAGAGUUGCAGAUAAGAGUUUGAAUAUGUGAAGGGAAAGAUUUCUGAGUGCCCAACCCUGCCCCAUAGCAUUGUUUUUCAGUCAAACAUUUUGAUUUAGUGUUAACAGACCACAGCAACACUUAACUUUGUUUCAUCUGCCUAAUUCUGUGUAUAGCGUCUUCUGAGAGAUGUUGGUGUCAGUAUUGUCCAGCCUUAUUUAAAUAAAGGCCAGUUCUGAAGUGAAAACUAAGUCAGAGUUUGCAACCGGAAUCUUGCAACUUGAGCUUUGUUAUAAUCAAUCUUGUUUUGCUUUUAAAAUAAAAAUGGAUAACUCUUGGCUGACCUAUUUCUGUCAAGAGGCAGGAAGUGAGCCACUAUAAGCAAACGUAUUAUAGCAUCAAAGUGAUAGCCACAAAUUGGAGAAUUAAUUUAAAAGCAUGUAGUAUUAUUGAUGAUUGAUUUUAAAAUAUCCUUCCAGUUCACGUUAGAUCAUUUCCCCUACUGAUUCUGAAGGCUGGGGCAGAAAACAAGCAUAAACCCAUUGAUGUACAACAAAAUUGCACUUUAUUAAAAUGCUUCCUUUAAAAACUACAACAACCCUAGUCACACUGAGUCUAGAAAGCCAGAUCAAAAGGAGGUCUUACUACUCUUCCAAAAAGUGUGUGUGCAGAUUUAGCAGGUGGGAAUCCACAAAUUUCUUUCGGGGAGGAGGGAGAAAUAGAGAGGAGCAGUCAACAAGAUUUUUCUUUGUUGUUCUGAAUUAGGCACAGCAGUAUCAUUAAGAAGACUGCCUCAAAAGUAUGUUGGGCCUAACCCUGUCCACAUGCUGAGAUAAUAUUAUGAGGCUGUUCUCUGGAUAUCCUGUCUUUGGGAAUGAGGCAGGUGGUGACUGAAGAGCUUUGGCUUUUUAAUUGGUGUUUGAUUGGAACUGCUUUAGGCUACUCUGGUGUGUUUGGUCAUUUGUGUUUGCAAUACAGUGAACCCUCCGGAUACAAAUUAAAUUUGUUCCGGGGGUCUGUACUUAACCUGAAAAGUUUGUGAUUGGAGGCGUCACUGCUGCGCGCACACGUGGCGCAAUAGAGCGCUUCUGCGCAUGCGUGCGCAGCAAAACCCAGAAGUAUACACUUCUGGGUUUGCCGCGUUCACAACCCAAAAGUUACGCAUCCAGAGCGGUACGUAACUCGAGGGUUCACUGUAUGUGUUGUGAUACUUGUGGAAGUCUUGACUGAGUGUUUUUAAAUUGCUUAAUGUGCUAUGUGCCUUAAGAUCAUCAUGUUAUAAUUGCCAUACAGUACAGUGGUACCUUGGGUUACAAACGCUUUGGGUUACAAACUCCGCAAACCUGGAAGAAGUACCUUGGGUUGAGAACUUUGCCCCAGGAUGAGAACAGAAAUCACGCGGCGGUGGCGGAAGGCCCCAUUAGCAAAAGCGCGCCUCAGGUUAAGAACGGUUUCAGGUUAAGAACGGACCUCCGGAACGAAUUAAGUUUGUAACCCAAGGUACCACUGUACUUAAAUUUGAGCAGGGGUAGGGAGCCUUCAUCUCCCCACCCCUGAUGUAAAUACAGAAAGAGAAUUUCAUUCUCAAGGGAAAAGUGAAGUAUGUGUCUGUGGCAUUUUGUGCGAUCUUAAACAUUUUAGACUUCUCUUGAGCUUAGCAUAUUAUUUCUCCAGCAAUCCUUACAGCAGCCAUGAGAAUAUGUAUUGAACUCUCAUUCAAAAGUGUGUGCUUGGUGUAAUUAUUGCGGUGUUAAUGGAUUUGGGUGAUGGGACUGAGGCAGGGAGCUUAGGGGCUUGCCUCAAGACAUCGAGCAAAUUUUACAGCUGAAGCAAGAAUUGAUCCAGGACUUUCUGUUUCACAACUCAGCCUCUUAGCCCCUGCCGGACAGUAGCUCUUCUGUAAGUGAGAGUUAAUUUCCUGUAUGCUCUGAUAUACAACUUUGCUGAACUUUGUAAUGUCUUUUUCCAGAUGUGAUCUGUCUUUCCCUCCCCCACUCAAAAAGAAACCCUGUGGUGAUUCUCUCCCCCCCACCCUUGUCUCAAUGCAGCUUGCAUAGAAAAGAACUAGAGGAAACACUGGCUAGUAGUUUCCCACUGGGAUUAAAUUUCUCUGUGCUCCCACCCCUUCACAGGAUAGGCUCUUCCCCACCCCCACUCCUCCCCUCUCCCCUCGGGAGCAGAAGAAAAACAGAAAACUUAAAAUUCUCAGCAUGUUCCUUUAUAAUGGGGCUGUGAUAGCCGUGUCGUAAAUAGUGUUUAUUUUCAUUAUCGUCUUGUUUGUCUGACUACUUAAUACUUGUGGUAGAAUGUCUUGUGUACAAUUUUCCUUUUAAUUCUGAUGGCAGGGAAAACGCAACCUAAAUUUGAUGAAACUUAAUGAAAGGAGAGACUUUCUAUUUUUAACAACUACAUUACUGGAUGAAUCAUGCCGAGGGGGUGGUGUGUACAUGUCACAUCUUCCAUGUUUGUCUCUGUGUGCUUUUCUGCUCUCCCUUUUACUAUUAGAGUAAAAGAGCGUCCCUCUUCAGCUGAAUUCUUAAAUAAAUUUCUUAACGUUUGCUAGAUGAGUGGAUUUUUUCAUAAUGGGCAGUGUAGCAGCUAUUUAACAAAAUAUUUUUGUUCGUUCUUUGAUUCUUACAAGUAGAUUUAUUGGGAUUCCGUGAUAAAGUGUUGUUUAGUCCUUUAGUUGUGUCCGACUCUUCGUGACCCCCUGGACCAGAGCACGCCAGGCACUUCUGUCUUCCACUGCCUCCUGCAGUUUGGUCAAACUCGUGCUGGUCUCUUCGAGAACACUGUCCCCCCAUCUUGUCCUCUGCCGUCCCCUUCUCCUUGUGCCCUCCAUCUUUCCCAACAUCAGGGUCUUUCCCAGGGAGUCUUCUCUUCUCCUGAGGGGGCCAAAGUAUUGGAGCCUCAGCUUCAGGAACUGUCCUUCCAGUGAGCACUCAGGGCUGAUUUCCUUCAGAAUGGAGAGGUUUGAUCUUCUUGCAGUCCAUGGGACUCUCAAGAGUCUCCUCCAGCACCAUAAUUCAAAAGCAUCAAUUCUUUGGCGAUUAGCCUUCUUUAUGGUCCAGCUCUCACUUCCAUACAUCACUAAGCCACUCCAGUAUCCCUGCCAAGAAAACUCCAUGGACAAAUACAACAGGUUUUCCAUGGCAAAGUACAUGCUCCUAACAAAAUACCUGAAGCUGUGUGUGCAAAUAUACAAGUAUCAUUGUCUUUCUCUCUACCCCCAUCACUGUUACCUUGUGAACUUUUGUUUUCCAGAAUCCUCCUGUUUGAGAGGGAAAAGCUGUGUGUAGCCCCUAUCCCCCUAGCUCUUUUUUGUUACAAAUCCUGUCACUAAACUCUUCUGGUUACGCUUUCCCCCUCUGGAAAUAACUCUUCUACUCUCCUCACCCUCCUGGUUGUGAAAAGGCCUGGAUAAUGAUAGUCUUUAAGACAGCAGCCUGAGCCACAGUUUCCCCUUGUGCCAGAAGGGAAAGGAUGUUUAUUCUUAGAUAGCUGUGAGAGUUGAAGGACUUCAGAGAAUCUGAGUAACUGUGGGACACAUGGCUCUUUGGAACCCGUGAGUGAAGAGCUGGGUAAAAAUAGGCUGUUAAAAUGCUUGACUUUGUGGUGGAAGAGAAAUGACUUUCAUAGCACUAAUAAAGGGAGUGUGUCCAUGUCCUCCUUCAAUGGAUCAUGGCUCUGGUAAAGUAGGGGUGGGUCGGCACAAUUAUUCUGGCAACAGCUGCCAAUGCCAUGCAUCAUUUGGCUCCCAGUGCACUGCGCAAGGGGGCAGAGAGGGAGAGGCUCAUGUAUGCACCAUCCUCAAGGCAUUUUGGGCACCUUGGAACCAGUCUCCCUUGGCAUAAAGCAAGAUAUCACUUUGCUUGUCAUCUGUUAUUACUAGGCAUAGGGCUCCUGUUUGGCCCAGGCAGCAUAUCACGCUCUUGGCCUGGGCAGCAUGUUGCUCUUAAGUGUCAGCACACCCUACUCCCGUCACUGUUUUUGUGUGCAGCGCAGAACGGAGGAAGUCACAUGUUGUGCUAGUGCUACUUGAGGCUUAUUCUUGAAGACGCAGAACACAUAGGGAAAUAGAGGAUUUGAAAAGCUAUGAUGGUGUUUAUUUAGAUUUUUCACACCACCUUAAGAGAGACCUUACUUUGCCUAAUAUACUGAAAUCAAUUUAUAUUUAGUGUUCAAGAUAAAUGUCUUAAGGAACAACAGUAUAUAAGGCAAUUUCAUAGGGGAGACCUUAAAGAAAAAUAUUAAGUGAGCCGCCACUUGCAAAUUUUCUUGUGAAACUGAGGUAAUACAUGGCUUUGGGGUGUGUGUGUUAGAAACUGUAUUUUGUGCCCAUUAGGAUUUCCUGGUGUCUGAUUAAGAACAGCGGUAAAAUGAUGCAAAGUAGAAAAAGAAUUUGAUAUGAAACAUAGCUGAGUAAUCUUGCUCGCAGUGAAUUGGGCAGUACUGACCAGGCUGAAUUUUGCCACCAUACUAUCUUUCUUUUAAAUGCUUAGGUUUUUGGAAAUUCUUGCCUUCUCACACUUCUGUUAAGUGAGCAUGUUAUGAACGUGUACAAUUACAGCUCUUUUUUAUGCUCUGUGUUUCUUGAAGGGUAGAGUACAGCAUUUUCCUUGUAGCACAGAAGGCUCAUAUACCAGAACACUGAUUGCUUUGUUCAUCAAUGAAGACUGAAAGUCCAGCUUAUCAAGCCUAGACAAAACCCAUUGGGAGCAGUGUUUUUAUUAGCAAAGCUCUAGAACCCAGAUGUUGGGAAAUAUUGAGGGAACAAGGAGAAGGGGAUGACAGAGGACGAGAUGGUGGGACAGUGUUCUCGAAGUUACCAACAUGAGUUUGACCAAGCUGCGGGAGGCAGUGGAAGACAGGAGGGCCUGGCGUGCUCUGGUCCAUGGGGUCACGAAGAGUCGGACACAACUAAACAACAACAAAGAACCUGAGCAUCUGAGACUUAAUACUUCUCGGUGUAUACAAAUUAAUGGAGUGGGUGGGGGAGGGGUGGGGAAGAGUAGGGAUAUAAUCAUUUGAUUUCCUCACAAGUCAAUCUGUUGACAACAUACUAACUGUCCUGUCGCUGUAUACAUUGUGUUGGUUUGGGCCCAGUUCUCCAAUCUGUUAAGGUCAUUUUGAAUCCCGAUUCUGUCUUCCGUGGCAUUAGCUAUGCCCUCCCAGUUUGGUGUCAACUGCAGAUUUGAUGGGCACCCCCUCAAUUGCUCUGUCCAAGUCGUUUAUAAAGACAUUGAACAACAACGGGCCCAGGACAGACCCCUGUGGCACCCUACCAAUGUAACCUUACUGUACAAAGUACCGUAUUUUUCGCUCUAUAACACACACCGGACCAUAACACGCACGUAGUUUUUAGAGGAGGAAAACAAGAAAAAAAAUAUUCUAAAUGAAACAGUGGGUGUAUGAUUUUUUGUGGUUCAUGCUGUGGCCACAGACAUGUGAUCUGACAGUGUGUUUGGAGUAGCUCAAUGCAAAAAUGCUGAGGAUGCAUGUGGAUCCAUGCUUUGUAACCACGUUUUUGCACCACUGCGACCCCAGGCAACAGUGGGUGCGUGAUUUUUUUGGUGCAAGAUGUAGCCAUGGACAUGCUAUGUGAUCUGAUGGUGAAUUUGGGGUGACCCAGUGCAAAAAUCCUGAGGAUCCAUGUGGAUCCGUGCUUUGUAACCACGUUUUAAGUGGGGAGGGAAGGAAAAGCACUCAAGGGACAAGGAGCAUGCGUGGGGUGUGUGGAGAAGGAUGCUGCUAAUCAUGCUAUUUAGCAAGCUGAGUGAGGAGGAGAGAGGGACAGAGAGCCUGCUUGCUUUAAAGGAGCCAACCGGACAGGAGCCGGUUACACUUACACUUACACUUACUCGUGUAAGCGGCUCCUCUCCUCUCCCGCUUUGCUCCUUUAAAGCAAGCAGGCUCUCUGUCCCUCUCUCCUCCCCACUCAGUGGCUCUUCUCCCGCUUUGCUGUUUCAAAGCGAGCCACGGAGGAGGGAAGGAAGGGGAACCAUGGAUCCUCUGCUCACGACUGCAGCAGAUCCCCCCCCCGCCACCCGUAGGCAUUCGCUCCAUAACACGCACAGACAUUUCCCCUUACUUUCUAGGAGGAAAAAAGUGAGUGUUAUGGUGCAAAAAAUACGGUAAGUCUUCUUUUACUCCAUUCUCUUUUGCAUCUGGCCCCACCCACCACUGGCUUGCAGCUCGCAGAAGGAUAUUUUACGUUACACAUUCCAGAUGCUGGCCACAGAUUUUUUUUAAAGGUUAUUAAAGCAGAAGGGAUGUUCUGGAGAACGGGGAUUGCACCAGGGGAGCAUUGACUGUAAAGGAUGUUGCCCCCUUUGACUGGGGGACCUUGGCUUUCAGCACGCUUUAGUCAGCUCCUGCUUCCUUGCAGUGGCUUUCCAAAAUGCACAGCUUAUGUCUACACACAGUGCACACAAAUGGCAAAGGAGAAUGGUGGAAUCGAAACAUUAAGGGCUAGGGGGACCAUAAUGGUUUGGAUCAGUCUCUGGUUUGGAUUUUACUCGAAACUGCAUACACAGGUUUCUACCUAUGUUUGGGAGCAAGUUUAUCUGCAACAGAAAUAAUAGCAUUUGGGUUCAGACUUUAGUGACUGUUUCAAAAGCGUGGUCAGUCAUGGAGUAAAUUUGCACCAACACUUCGCCUAAUUCAAGGGUCAUCAACAUGGUGCCCUUCAAACAUUGUUCGACCAACUCUCACCAUGUGUGUGCUCACCAAAUAACUUGUGCCUCACAGCUUCUGCAAAGCACUUUGGUAUGCCUUUUAUCUGUACAGAUAAAUUCAGCAACUGUUCUUGGUGAAGAUGAAAGUGGCUGCGUGACUAAGGUGUGUGUUCUUGUAAAGGAUGUUCUGUCUCUUCAGGUGUUGAAACAUAAUCUUAUUGUGUAUCAUUGGUAUUUUGAAUGGGUGGCAGUGAAACAAAGCUAGGCAGUGAGGUAGAAAUCAUCUCCCAAAGUUGCUAUGCACUAGCCUAUAUGUAUGAUUGGUGUAUGUUCCCCCCCCCUUUUUUUUCCAGGGAGAGGGUCUCAAUCAGGACAGAAUGUCCUCUGGCAUUCAGAAAUGCUAUUUAAAAUUUCCACCCCUAUGACUGCCAAUAAAAUUCUAUAAAGAGCUGCUUGGUGCUUCCAGUUGCACAUGUUAGGUGACAACUGGCUACAUCUUGAUAGGCAUAAAAAAGCAAGCCUGGGAGGAACAAAAACUCUGCAGAAUGGCAUAAUGCCUGAGCUUUUAUAUGUGCUGUUAAGUAAAGGGAGGUAAUAUGAAACUGACUAGGAGAUAAUUUGAAACAGAUAUUGUUUCUGCAAAAAUCUUUUCAGAUUUGGAAUAUUUUAAAGUAAGGGCGAAGAAGGAGAAAGGUGGGGUUUGCCUGUAAAGUCUACAACAUUCAUAAACUCUCAACUUCUGACUUGGCUAUAGAACAGUUUCUGCUGCCUGUGUAGCCAGGUUUUAACUGCCAGUUAUUUUGAAAUAUUGGUAAGUGCAGUGCUGUUGAACAGAACAGUUAGAUUGCUUGCAAAUUGAUAGUCCCUCUGUGAGGCUCAACCCCCAUUAACUGUCAGGGGUUGUGUAUGGCCAGCAUGACAUUUAAACUGGAUCACUGGUCUGCUACAUUGCAGUACUGGCCAGGACAUAGCCAAAAGUUCCCUUAAAGUGAAAACAAUUCUAUUGGCAGCCAUGUCCUGUUCCUGUCUGCUUCCUGGAGACAAAAGCGUAAUUAUCUGUUGCCUUUGUUUUAAAACCUUUGCAGAUCAGAUUAAAGUAUCCAUUGCAAAGUGGAAAAGAUUUGGACAGGGCAUGAGUGUAGUUGGUUGCAUACUCGUAUCGUUACUAGUGAGGACUAAGUGUAUCUCUCAUUAGUCAUGGCUAUUAAUAAGGAUAUAGGUGCAUUGGUCCCAGAAAAAAUAACCUGAUAUCUAUCAGAUUAGAUGGAAUAACUUGUAGCAGCAGCACCUGCUUUAUUCUUCUGGCCUGGACAGUACUAUAUCACCUAUUCUCCAAGAUCUGAUGGGAGGAAAUUUUCCGGGGAGGGCAUUCUCCCAAUACAGCCAGAAACUUGAGUCCUCGAUUGUCAUGUCUCUUAGAUUGUAAGCCAUUUUGGGAACCUUUUUGGCUUAGAGAGCAGGGAAUCAAUGCUUUAAAUAAAGUGAGAAGGAGAUGGCCUUCAUCUGAAAAUAACACCUUGAAAGUGUCCUAAUGGAAUGUUUAAAGAGAGUCCCCUUGUAGCCUAGUAUUCAGUCUUCCCAAAGUUGUGUUGCAAAGCUCAAUUCUAGCUCCAAAAUCUGGAGGCUUUUAAAUUAUGAGAAUGAGUUCUCAUCAUCUUUUAGUAGGCUUCUGGAUAAAGAGAAAUAUGAAACCUGUGGCUAAUUGUUGUUAAGGCCUCAGACUUACAGAGGAUCCCAGUGGGAUUUUCCUGGCAAGUAAUCCACACACCUUUCUGUUCCCUGUAGCUCCCCCCCCUCUUUACUUUAGCAUGUCUUUUGCUGUGUUCCUCAGAUAAAAACUUCAAACAGAGGAAAGAUAAAUCAGCAGCCAGUAUGGGAAGGAAGUAAAGUUUUAUGAUAUGUCAGUUGGCCUAACUUGCUACUGAAACAUACCUCCAAUGAUCCUUCGAAUGGUUUGGCAUUUGCAACUGGAAAGAGUAGGUAAUGGAGACUGUUGCCUGCAAUUAGCCUUCUGAAGAGGUAGUUCAAGGUGGAGGUGUGUAAAUGUGCACUACUUUGGAAGUACAGGAAGGUUAAAACACCUCCAUUGGCAUCCUACUUGGGAAUGAAUGACACAAGCAUGUAUUUCAAACCACUUUUUGUGAGAGAGGCAGGAGUAGAUGCAGCUCUCUAGCAAAGUGUGUCUUUGCUGGAAAAUCUGUAUUUGCUGUUAAUGUGUAAUGUGUGAAAUGGCCUUCAGAUCCCCAGGAUUUUUCGGUAUGUCAAAGGCAAAGUAUGUCGUUGUUGGCAUCCAUCUGUCUCAAGAGACAGUGGAGCAGUGCACCUUUGGAGAUGAAGUCAAACCAUCAGAGAGUUACAGUGCCUGCUGUGGCUGAAGAGACCAAUACGGGAGAGACCUGUUUUGUUGUGGCUGGGGCAGAUAAAGACAAAAAUGAAGGCACUGAAAGUAAUAAAACAUACUAAUUUUAGCAUGUAUAACAGAGCCCUGUGUAGAAAUGUACUUUCUACGGAUAGUCAUCUGAAAAAAGUUAAUUACAGCUUUGAUUUAAGAUUUCACUGGUACUAGUAUCCACUCCACUUGCCCAAAUUGACUUGUGUUAAUCCACAGUGUUAAUUCUUUCUUUCUUUCUUCCAUCUGUUUUGUUUUCUCUUUUCUUCUUUAUUUUUAUUUAUAUUAGUUUGAUUUUUAGUGUAUUGUAUGGUGAAAAGUUUCAAUAAAAAUAUACCAAGAAUUGGAAUGUUUCCCAUUAAAAAUCAUUAAUUUUAGAACAUUUUCCAGCCUCCACAUAUUGAAAGUAACCUUUUUGUCAACGAAAACCUACAUCUGAUAGUUAUACAGUACAUUGCCAUUCUUUUGUGACUCAUAAGCUUUUUCUUAAUCUGAUUCCGCCCCCCAUGUGUUUCAAUUGUUUUAAAAUCCAUGUAGAAAAUUCCUAAAAUGUAGCGAGAGCCUUCUCAUGUAGAUGAUCGGGGAGAUUAUUUUGGCAGGAAACAAUUCCACUGCUUGCAAGUCUCUCUUCCCUCUUUUCUCUCUCUCUUACUGUUUUAUAUUUUUAUGUCUUCAGUAUGUUGGGACACUUCCAAUUAGCCUUGCUUCCCGAAAGCUCAUUGGCACUGCAACAGACCCUCCCCUGAAAAAGAGCAUUCACAAAGUGCUGUUUCAGCUUUGGAGAGAAUGGAAACGCUUGACCUUCAUUCAAGUGAAUAUUUUAAGCAUAGGCCAAAUGCAUAAAUCGCCAAUAAAACAUCCCAAACAUGCUUUCUUUAUAUAUACAGUAUAUAAUGAUCUUGGUAAAACUGAUGAAGGACAAAUUAACUUCCAGUUCUGAUCCAGUUGCUCUCUUCACAUUAUGUGUAGUCUUCAUUUGUGUGCAAAUCCUUUUGCAUUUGUUAGCCAACUCCCACCCCACUAUUCAUUUCUCACGUGUAUCUUAACAAAUCCCCCAAAUAAUUACUAAGCAGUAGUUCAUUGGCAAAAGACUGAACUAUGGUCCAUGAAGAUCCCACUUAAAAUCUCACUUCUGAUAUAAACUCUGUUAAUGUCCAUAGCUUCUGUCUCCAAGUUGGACUCAAGAUUUAAAGUCCAAGAAGACCAGGUCAGUGCAGUGGGGUGAGGCCCUAUUACUGAAUAUCUGAUAAUAGUUAAAAUUAUCCAGAUCUUAAGAGUAGAAUUAUCCAUGCAUUCAGUUGAGUAGAAUACAUGGAUAAUUCAGUGAAAUGUUACCCUUGCUUUUGUGGUAAUGUUUGGUAUGUGGCUUGUUUGAAAUCACCUCUCUCCCUUCAAAGACAGCCUUAUUAUUGUUAGUUAAAUUGCAUAAAACUCUAACUCUGGUGGAAGAUCAUCUCUCAGAUUCCCAUAGCAAUAAAAAUCUAGUGGCAAGUCCUGUCUGAGGUUUCUUUGUUCUUAAUGUCGAUGUGUGACAUCAAUAUCAUUAAUGAUUCACUGGAGCCAGACAGUGCAGAGAAAUAUCCCCACAUUCAGUUGCAUUUCCUUUUUUAAGGGAAUUUCUCCAGCCCUAAAGUGGAUUUUCCCAACUUUUCAGCUUACAUGCUGUCUCUUUCCACCCCCUUUUCAUUUCUCUGAAACCACAGGCUUUAGUGUACUGACAUGUCACAAAAGUUUUAAACACUGAAACACUUGGGGGGGGGGUUGUUUGUUUUUUAAAGAAGUGUUCCAUCUUAGAGAAUUGUAUUUUGUCCUUUGUGUAGCUUCAUCUGUAAUCACUUGGGUUUGAUAAAUCUAAAUAGUCAUAAUUUGGAUGGUCAUGCAGUUUGUCUCUUGUGCUCUUCAUUUCUCCAUGUCCUGAUGUAACUUAUUAAGCAUGUUAAAAAUGUGCCAAGAAAAUCUUUAAAUCACUUGGGUUGUGCUUUUGUGUAUGUAUGUUUUUGCUUAUGCUCGGGCAGGAGUCAUGAUCACAAAGCCUUGUUCUUUAAAAAAACUUAGGAACCAUCCUUUGUUCACAAGAUCAGUAGCACAAUAUUUACCGUAGGUUGUGAGUUUCUUUAGCGAAAGACUUAUUUCUCUCUCUCCAGGAAAGUGCCACAUAACUUUAGGUAUGAAUAGAUUCAGAUCAACAAAGCAUGGUUUCCUGGGAGCUGUUGUACCUUAUGUCCUGUAGACUGCCUGGUCUUCCCCAUAUAGGGUAAACCAGAGUCCAUUGUCAAGAUAGCUGCAUGAGUUUGAAUCACACAUCUUUUUGCAGUCUUGAAAUGCACAUACAGUGGUACCUCAGGUUAAGUACUUAAUUUGUUCCGGAGGUCCGUACUUAACCUGAAACUGUUCUUAACCUGAAGCACCACUUUAGCUAAUGGGGCCUCCUGCUGCUGCCGCACCGCCGGAGCACAAUUUCUGUUCUCAUCCUGAAGCAAAAUUCUUAACCUGAAGCACUUUUUCUGGGUUAGCAGAGUCUGUAACCUGAAGCGUAUGUAACCUGAAGUACCACUGUCUAGUGACUUCAGUAGGACAUCUGUGCCCAUUUCAACAGAGUUCCCUCCCCUCCUUGCAAGGAGGUAGGAGAGACCCAGAACAAUGGUGUGCAGAAAUUUGGGAGUGUUGCUUCUCUCCUGUCUGCCAGGAUACUUGAUAAUGCCUUGCUUGAGUGCAUUUUCUGGGUAGCCUGGCUAUUCCUUUGAAAUGUGUUAGUUCCCGAAUCUCUUACACAUAUUGAAAGUUUGCUCAGCUUAACAGAUACUUGCCAGACUGUAUUUGCAGGGAGGUGUAAGCCCCUACAGUCCAAAGACAAUUGGAAAGCUUUCCCAGUUUCCUUCUUCCUUGCAGAGAAAUAUGAAGUCCAUUUGGGAGAGUCAAAAUGGCUUCAGGAUUGCUCUCCUGUACUAUUUCAGAUACAUGGUUUAUAUACUUAUGCCUUUAUGUUUAUGAACAUUUAUUCUAUAUUUGAGACCUUAGAAUUCUUAUAACAGUAUGUUUCUGUGAAAAUUGGCACAGCAUUUUCUUAGCUGUGUGUUCUGCAACGAGAAUCAAUGAAACACGACCAUACCCCUUAAUGAUCAAGCACAGCAGUCGUUUGACCAACCCUGAGGCUUUGAGCUUACUUUAUUCUGUUCCAUUUUUUAAAAGAACAUUUAAGUAGAAGGGGUUUACUUUCCCCUCCAGGGGAAAAACUAGUGAAAACUGAGAUAAUAUCAAUGAAGAAAAACUCUCUAGGAAUCGCUCGGCCUGCCCUGCUUUGGUUGUUUUCAACUUUAGGUGGCUUUCUGGAACAUACAUAGUUAUUGAGGCAUACAACCAUGGGGGAAAAGGUUUCAGAAAUUGUUUUCUAUCAAAAUGAACUCCUUUCCUUUCUGUGUCAUUUCAGAAUAAUUGGAAAGAAGGAUAAACUUUUUUUAAAGCUGGGAAAAAUGGGGCAGGAAGGAACAGGAAGAAAGGAACUCUGGUGGGAUAGAAGAAUAAGGCAGUUUCAGAGGGUGUCAGGGCCAUGUAAAUCAAGAUCAAGGUCAGCAGGUUUCCCACCUGUGUGUUACGUGUUCAUUUUGCAUCCAAACACAGGCCAGGGUAAAGGGGAAAGCAGAGUGACAAUCGUGUUGCGUGAGCAUCGGACAUGUAAGGUUCCUCUGUUACUAGACGGUACCACAUCAGCCUGCCGGGUGGGGCAGGAGUUGUGUAUUUAACUCCUUUGUCCCAUAUUAAGGGUUUGCAUGUAUGUUGUGGAUAAAACUAGAACUCAUCUCUCUGAAAUCCAUGCUGACCUUGUCAUACUAGUUUCAUAGGUGCAGGGAUGGCUUACCUGUGGGAACAGCCAGUCUUUCCCUUACAGUUGAGCAUCAGCCAUGCAAGACAGUUGCUUGCAUGUUCCAGCUCUUAACUAGGGUCAUUUCCACAUUUACUGUGUUUUCUCUGUUGGCUGAGAGAAGGGUUUGUGGGGAAAACUUGUAGAGGGAGGAGAGAGAUGGAGAAAAGUGGGGGAGUAGCUUGAUGACUAGAGAAAGGGAAACUAUUUAAAGGCCUUGAGAAGAGCGCUUGGGAAGAACCCUCCAUUGCACACAAUGUUAAGAAAUACAAUGGUACCUCGGGUUACGUACACUUCAGGUUACAGACUCCGCUAACCUAGAAAUAGUGCUUCAGGUUAAGAACUUUGCUUCAGGAUGAGAACAGAAAUCGUGCUCCGGCGGAAGCAGGAGGCCCCAUUAGCUAAAGUGGUGCUUCAGGUUAAGAACAGACCUCUGGAACGAAUUAAGUACUUAACCCGAGGUACCACUGCAAUAGAUUUUUUAAAAAGUAGAAAAGCCGUCUUUAUAUUGCAUAGUCUUAUGAUGUUGGCAGUGGAUAGUUGGUAUUUGGUACUGUGCUAGGAGGAGGAGCUCAUUGUAACAGUGAAGUUCUUGAUUGGUGCAGCAAAUGGGGCUGGUCCUAGCAUCAUCCAAGCAGAGGGAAAUUCCCUUCAGAAGCUUGUCCUAAGUCUGAAAGCUCUGGCCGUCUGAUUAAAGGGCAAGAAACAAUAAAUGGCAUUCAUACAAGGGAAUGCAGUACACAAGUGAAUUCCACCGCACCAACUCCCACCGAAAUGAUUUUUUCCUACUAUCAUGCAAUGGCUGUCUGUGUGUGAGAGAUGGAAUUGACAGAUUUAGUUAAUUUACACUGACAUAGAAAGUCAGUUGCCUUCUCUGAAGUACGGAAAGUUUCUGGAGUAUUACACCAAGUUAAUCCUCAGUAAAAUAAGUACAAUGUAAUAGUGUUCUUUGACAGCGGGAAGUUGCAGGAGGAAACUUAAAAGUUAAUGUUUCUCUCCUCCCCCCCCCCCCCACUUUUUUUUGUUACUGCUCUUCAGUUGCAGAGAACAAACUGGGAAAGCUGUCAGUUUCGAAGCAGUGUUUUGCUUCUGGCAAAAUGUGCUUUCUCAGUUAUAUUCAGCAAGGCUAAUUUUGCAAAUUCCCUUAAGACCUCAGCUAUUUACUUUUAUGCACCCAGGUGUAGUUGCUGGAAGAUCAUUCCAGCAUACCAGACAACAAAGGUUUUUAGUCUAGAGAUUUUGUGAGUUGAUUAAAACGGCAAACCCUAUCUUCAGGCUUUCUUUUUCCCCCCCUUUUCUUUUUACUGUUGCAUAUGAUUCUGAAUGUAACCUGUAUACCUUUGCGCUCUGCCUUUGCAAUCCAGCUUCUGCAGUAAUUGGAAAACGGGACAAACGUUGCCAUCUGGUAGUCCUUAAGCCCAUGGAAUUUCUUUGCUUCAGCUACAGAAACUAAACAGCACAAUUGCCAAGACCAUCUCUUUAUUCAAAACAUGUUUUAAAACCCUUUUUUUUGGAAAGCUUUCAUUUCAUUCUGUGAAGGAAAGGUGGGGUUAGACUCCUCACGAUACACUUAGUGGGUGAUUAAAAAGGGCUCUAGUAAAACACCCAAAAUGGCGGCUUCUUCAUCCCCAUGCAUCCACUUCAUGUGUGUACCAUUAGGAAGCUGAACUCUUACCAGGGAAUUCAGGCCUUGAACUGAGAACUUGUCCAGUGUUGGGACCUAACCUAUUACAGUGGUACCUCGGGUUACAGAUGCUUCAGGUUACAGACACUUCAGGUUACAGACUCCGCUAAUAGUACCGCUAAUAGACUCCCAGAAAUAGUACCUUGGGUUAAGAACUUUGCUUCAGGAUGAGAACAGAAAUCACGCACUGGUGGGGCAGCGGGAGGCCCCAUUAGCUAAAGUGAUGCUUCAGGUUAAGAAAGGACCUCCGGAACGAAUUAAGUACUUAACCCGAGGUACCACUGUAGUGUGCGUUCAACCCCCAGAGCCCUCUUCCAGCACACAAGGAAUAGAGAGGACACACCACCAGCCCAGGCAGUUUGAGGCCUCUGUGUUAUUCUGGUUCGAAAUAAAUACUGGAGCCAGGCUUUGUGCCCUUCUGACCAAGCAGAACCAACAUGGAUGGGAAACUGCACAGACUCAAGGUCCGGGUCCUGGUUUUAGCCCCCUCUCAUUGUUUGACUCUUCUACUCUGCCUGAAGCAUGCUCUCGGUAGUUGGGUUCAUACCCAGUGGUCAAACCAUACCUCACUCAGCCUCACACCUUCCUUCCUCAGCUCCUGCCAGUGCACUGGAUGUAGCCUAAAGAGGCUUCCCCCGGCAUACAAGUUGUCUUGUUCCAGUUAUCCUACACUUCCGUUGGUCUACCAAGAAGUACUUAGGGUUGUUUUCACUCUGUACUGAAUGUUUUUGAUAAUGAGCAGCAGGGCAUAGUAUGGGAAAAGAGCUGCAUGUUGGUUCACAUGAUCUAUUUUCUCAAAUCCUGGGAGCUCAGACCUGCUAGCACUUUCCUGAUCAAGCCUAACUUGGGAUACAGAUCAUUCAAAUGUAACCAGUCACACACACACACCCCGCCCAUAAAUUUGCAUCCUGUCAUUUUGGCCUGAAUUGGGUGGCAGGCCCUUAAGGGGGUUUGCAAUAACAACAUACAGAAAGUGGUUUUAAAGCACUCAGUGUUCCAGUUUAAAAAAAACAAACAGUAACAUUUCAAGAACUUCAGCAAUAGCACUGCAGAAUUUAAAUACAGAUCUAAACAAAGCUAGUUGGCUAAUUAUUCUUUUGCAACAGAAAAACUUUAGCCUUGUUGACAGCCAUGCAUAAGCUGGCUUGUUCAGAUAACCUAAAGUAGGUAUCGCGACUGGGAAUGAGGAUAUUUGGCAAAUGUGUGGAACCCCCCAGUGGUUGCUGUAACCUUCCAACAAUUUAACUCCACCCCCAAAGGUGCAUUCCUCCAUUGUAUCCUGAGACAGACGGGUGCCAACAAAAGUGGCCAACCAGAUGUCCUUAGAACUCUUGCAAGCAAGAUUUGAAGGCACCACCUGUCCUUUGUUUUGCCCCAGCUCUUGGUAUUUAGAGGUGUAUCCUAAAAGUUCCAUUAAGCUAAGAUGACAAAUAAUUAAGCAUAUUCACAGGAUACUACUAUGCAACUGAAAAUAGUUCAUUAAAUAUAUGUAACACCUUAAGACCUCUUGGAAGCAUAGAAGACUCUAAGAAUGGUUAUUACACUGAGACAAAUAUUGUUGAAAGAAAAUGAGAACAUUUGUUUUUAUUUGUGGAGGGAGUUCAAUCUCCUGAUAACCAUGUUGGGAUUCUUCACAUUUUCUUUUUCUUAGGCAAGUGAAGGAGUUGAUUGAUUUUUCCAAGAAGCUGUCCUUUCAGAAGCCUGAUUUGGCUUCUAGCCCACAACUUGGAAACCUCAUUCUGUCACUUUAAUCAUAAUUGAAUGCCUUACUGCCCUAGAAAUAAGCACUGUCUGCCCCAUAGUAACAGCUACUGACUGCUGAUGAACUAUAAAUAAAAUCUACCCCAUGAGUAUGGCAAGCCAAAAGGCAAGGUAAUGGCAGUAUAUGUAUCAUUGUCUCAACCGAAAGACCUUGAAUGCUUUACUUCUUGUGGUACUUAAACAUAAUAAGUGGUUGGCUGGCAUCUCUCUAUCUUGGGAGACAAUGUGCCUUUGAGAGUGAAAUCAAACAGUUGGAAGGUUACGACGCCUGCUGCAACUGUAGAGACCGAUAUGGAAGAGACAGGUUUUGUUGUAAUUGCGACAGGUGAAGGCACUAGGUUUUGCUGUUCCAGAUGCACCAUGGCAUUUCUUCUCUUUCCUGGCACGGCCCCCUGCCAGCUUUUAAAGUUGAGAUUCGGCUUGCUCAUUUCCAAGACACUCUACAAGACUUGUUUACUUGGAGGCAUGGGCUUCCCUGAGGGAACAUGGGUCUUUCCCAUUUGUGGCAGUGCUGCUGCUGUGUUCUUUGUGAUAAGAUGGAGAUCAGCCCCAUGGGCUUCUCCAGCUGUUUAGCCUUGACUCCUGGCUGGUUGACAACAUACCCUGCUGCUAGGGAAUCUCUCCACUCUGUGUAUGGGGCAGGACAGGGAACCAGCAGAACUGCCUCCCCUUCCCUGAUCUCUGCAGACAAAGGGUUGGUGGCCUCCCAUCGAUUGACUUGGGCUGCUCCCUGCCAAAGGCGUCCUCCAUACCCUGCCAGCUCUUCCUCCUCGGACAGUUCAUCCCUUAGCAACAGCCACCCCAGACCCAAGUCAAUCAGUAUCACGAGGCCCAUACCACCACCACCCCUCCCAGGGUAGCCUCACACCCUAGUCCUUGGGUGCUGGCUUUUAAGAUAGUACAGUAUAUGUGCAAGCAAUUAUGGAGCAUGCACGUUGGUAGUGGCUCCCCAUCUCUCUCUCUCUCUCUCUCUCUCUCUCUCUCUCACACACACACACACACACACACAAUAUUACAGAUCAGAUCCAGAAGGUGCUGCUUUCUAACUUCCAGCUUCACUGGUUGUUGGUUGUUUAGUCGUUUAGUCGUGUCCGACUCUUCAUGACCUCCUGGACCAGAGCACGCCAGGCACUCCUGUCUUCCACUGCCUCCCGCAGUUUGGUCAAACUCAUGCUGGUAGCUUCGAGAACACUGUCCAACCAUCUCGUCCUCUGCCGUCCCCUUCUCCUUGUGCCCUCAAUCUUUCCCAACAUCAGGGUCUUUUCCAUGAGUCUUCUCUUCUCAUGAGGUGGCCAAAGUAUUGGAGCCUCAGCUUCAGGAUCUGUCCUUCCAGUGAGCACUCAGGGCUGAUUUCCUUAAGAAUGGAGAGGUUGGAUCUUCUUGCAGUCCAUGGGACUCUCAAGAGUCUCCUCCAGCACCAGAAUUCAAAAGCAUCAAUUCUUCGGUGAUCAGCCUUCUUUAUGGUCCAGCUCUCACUUCCAUACAUCACUACUGGGAAAACCAUAGCUUUAACUAUACGGACCUUUGUUGGCAAGGUGCUGUCUCUGCUUUUUAAGAUGCUGUCUAGGUUUCACUGGUAGAGAUCCCUACCAAGCAGAAAUCUGUUUCUAAGUCAAGGGACAUCUUAGCAUAACCAAGCACUAACACGUUUUAUCACAGCAUUAUAAGGGAACACCGUGUGACUAUGGAGGGGAUUAAUCCACAUCGUCUUUGCUUGGGUUGAGAUGACAUAGCAAAUGGAACUAAUGUUUAAAGGGCAUUAAAGUAAGAAGAACGGAUGAAUGAACAAGCUCAGUGAACAUCAGAGGACAAAAUGUCUUUAAGGAAGUUUAAAGACUAAAAAUGCAUUUAACACUACUAAAACAACUCUCUAAUAAUGCCUGAGCCAUUUGUGCUUCUUUACAUAGGGGUUACAGUGACCUAAAAUAUGCUGUUUGAAAAACGGCUAUCUGGUGCCACCUGUGGACCUGCCUAAAUUGACCUCUGAAUAGUAAUAACCAUUAAGCAUAUAGAUUCAGGUAGGUAGCCGUGUUGGCCUGACACAGUCGAAAUAUAUAAAAAAAUUGUUCAGUAGCACCUUAGAGACCAACUAAGUUUGUUCUUGGUAUAAGCUUUUGUGUGCAUGCACACUUCUUCAGAUACCAUAUAAUUUGUAAAGAAAGGCUGUGGCUUACUGCAGAAGGAAGGAGGGGUUCCCCCAUAAGGAAGCAGGAUAUAAAUGUAAAUCAUUGUGGGCCUGCCUUUGUAGUGUAGAAGACUGAGUAAGAGCUAUUGUUGUGUUAUCAGAUAAGCAAUCCAAGUGCUGUUAAUCCUUUAAGACUGAUACUUGGCUCCCCCCCUCCCCACACCACACCACCUUGUUCCAUUGUACUGGCACCCAGUUCAAAGGUAUGGGCACCAAGCUUCAGAAGGUCAAGCAAAUAAAGCUGUUGAUACGGCACUCUUGACAGAGAGAGAGAGCUUAGAAUUGUGUGGAAAAGCUUUUAGGCUGUUCCUCUGCUAGUGUCAUCUGAUACCGUAAAAGAUUUUGUGCACUUGUCUAAUCUUUAUGUAAAAUAGCACAGACAUAACUUGGCUACAGUUAAAGAUAUGACCUACACAUAUUACAAGUACAUAUUACUUGUGACUGCUAGAUCACAGUAAGAGUGUAGGAUUGGGAAACGGUGGACAAUUGCUCCUUCCACAGGUUCCAAUAGAGCCACCUGAGCAUGCCCUCUGCACAUCAGGAACAGCAAGAGAAACAUGGUGCUCUGUGAUCACUCCUGCUUCUCUAGAAAUCCCUCCUCUUGAGGGUUGCCAAAAGCACAGCUGCUGUAGACCCUAAAGGCUGGGAGUAGGAUCUACUCCAUAUAAUUAACUGACUGGAGGAGCACUUGCCUACCCUUAAAGCCUGUUUAUUGUAAUGAUGAGAGCUAUAGUAGCAAGUUGGAACACACCAGUUUCCCCAAGUAGGUUAAAUCUCUUUGCCAAUUAACUCUCAUCAUAGCAGCAUUUUCUUACAUCAUGAAUUUGGUCUAGACCUGCGGUUCUCAACCUGUGGGUCCCCAGAUGUUGUUGGACUACAGCUCCCAUCACCCCUGACCUCUGGCUUUGCUAGCUAGGGGUGAUGGGAGUUGUAGUUUAACAACAUCUGGGGACCCACAAGUUGAGAAAGGCUGGUCUAGACCAUGGGUAGGCAAACUAAGGCCUGGGGGCCGGAUCUGGCACAAUCUUCUAAAUCUGGCCCGCAGACAGUCUGGGAAUCAGCGUUUUUUACAUGAGUAGAAUGUGUCCUUUUAUUUAAAAUGCAUCUCUGUGUUAUUUGUAGGGCCUGCCUGGUGUUUUUACAUGAGUAGAAUGCGUGCUUUUAUUUCAAAUGCCUACCUCUGGGUUGUUGGUGGGGCAUAGGAAUUUGUCAUUUUUCCUCCAAAAAUAUAGUCCAGCCCCCCACAAGGUCUGAGGGACAGUGGACCAGCCCCCUGCUGAAAAAGUUUGCUGUCCCUGGUCUAGACUUGCGUGACCCUACUGGUACAGGCCAGGGAACAUUUUGUAAAUGUGUGGAUUCAAAUCUCCCUGUCAGCACCACCUCCACUUUGAGGUCUCACCACCACUAACUUCAUACAGCUGUUUCCUCAAAACGCUGGAGUAAAACCUGACGUUUUCACGCAGCCUUGCCUUUCUUAAAUGUUUCUAAUUAGCGUGCAACAGCAAGUAGAAUAGAUCCUACUCCCACCCUUUAGAAACUAAAGCAGUCUUCCCUAGUCUGGUGCCUUCCAGAUCUUUUGGACUACAACUCACAUCAGCUCCUAUCCAGCAUGGCAACUGUCCCAAACAUUAAGUGGACACUAGGUUGGAGAAGGUUGGUCUAGAGCAGUGGUUUCCAACCUGUUUGUUUGUUUGUUUGUUUGUUUGUUUUUGGGCCAUGCCCCGCCUAAAGGUAAAGGGACCCCUGACCAUUAGGUCCAGUCGUGAUCGACUCUGGUGUUGCGGCACUCAUUUCGCUUUAUUGGCUGGCAUGCAGCUUCUGGGCCAUGUGGCCAGCAUGACUAAGCCGCUUCUGGAGAACCAGAGCAGCGCACGGAAAUGCCGUUUACCUUCCCACCGGAGCGGCACCUAUUUAUCUACUUGCACUUUGACGUGCUUUUGAACUGCUAGGUUGGCAGGAGGAGGGACCGAGCAAUGGGAGCUCACCCCGUCGCGGGGGAUUCAAACCACUGAACUUCUGAUCAGGAAGUCCUAGGCUCUGUGGUUUAACCCACAGCGCCACCCGCGUCCCAUGCCCCACCUAAGCAUCUCUAAAAUCCUGGUGUCCCCCCCCCCCGUGACAUAUAAUUCUUAUUAUUCAAAAAGUGAACUCCUAUAUACGUGGAGGAAGCCUAAAAGGCCAUUCACUGUUAAUAACCCAUUCUCAAAUUGCCCCCCUUAAAAAUCAAAUUUUCCCCCUGUGGGGCGUGUGCCCCACGUUGGGAGCCCAUGGGUCUAGAGCCUUGCUGGAGAGGAUGAAAAGUUCAUUUUUCACUUGAUAUUUACUGCACUAAGUGAGCAAAUCUACCCCUCUCGCACAGCCAAGUGACCAAGGUUUCUGCAGGCCUUUUAGAAGCGCUGAGCGAUAAUGAUACAUAAGAUUAUGUGGUGGUGUAAAGAAAGUAGAUAGAGAGAGGUUUCCCCUCGUCCCUCAUAAACCUAGGGCCAUGCAGUGAAGCUGAAUGUUGGGAGAUUCAGGACCAACAGAAGGAACAAAGUGUAGUUAAGCUGUGGAAUUCAGUCCAUAAGAGACAGUGAUGGCCACCAACUUGGAUGGCUUUAAAAGAUGAUUUAAACGUAUUCAUGGAGGGUAAGGCUAUCUGUGGCUGCUAGUCACAAGGGCUGUGUUUCUUUCUCCAUUCUCAAAAUAAAUUAUUUUUAAAAAAUGCCCAGUAGCACCUUAGAGACCAACUUAAGUUUGUUCUGGGUAUAAGCUUUCGUGUGCAUGCGCACUUCUUCAGAUACCUUUCCAUUCUCAAAGGUAGCGUUCCUCUGUAUGCCAGUUGCCGAAACUCACAAGUGGUAGAAGAUGCAAGCCCUGCUUGCAGCUUUCCCAUAGGUAUCUGGUUGGCCACUGUGUGAAUAGGGCCAUGAUCCAAAUUCCCAUGUUCCUAAGAAGCGAAGAACUUAGUUCACUACCCAAAAUGCUGAUGACUCCAGAAAAUGUUCUUGUGUGCAUAUGCUGUAUAUCUAACUGUACCAUGUGUGAGAGGCUGCAUAUUUACAAGAGAUAAAGGUAAAGGGACCCCUGACCAUUAGGUCCAGUCGUGGCCGACUCUGGGGUUGUGGCGCUCGUCUCGCUUUGCUGGCCGAGGGAGCCGGCGUAACAGCUUCCGGGUCAUGGUAGAUGAAGGGAACGCAGUGGAUGUAGCCUACCUUGAUUUCAGCAAGGCAUUUGACAAGGUGCCCCAUGAUAUUCUUGUAAAGAAGCUGGUAAAAUGCGGUCUUGACUAUGCUACCACUCAGUGGAUUUGUAACUGGCUGACUGACCGAACCCAAAGGGUGCUCAUCAAUGGUUCCUCUUCAUCCUGGAGAAGAGUGACUAGUGGGGUGCCACAGGGUUCUGUCUUGGGCCCGGUCUUAUUCAACAUCUUUAUCAACAACUUGGAUGAUGGACUCAAGGGCAUCCUGAUCAAAUUUGCAGAUGACACCAAAUUGGGAGGGGUGGCUAACACCCCAGAGGACAGGAUCACACUUCAAAAUGACCUUGACAGAUUAGAGAACUGGGCCAAAACAAACAAGAUGAAUUUUAACAGGGAGAAAUGUAAAGUAUUUCACUUGGGCAAAAAAAUGAGAGGCACAAAUACAAGAUGGGUGACACCUGGCUUGAGAGCAGUACAUGUGAAAAGGAUCUAGGAGUCUUGGUUGACCACAAACUUGACAUGAGCCAACAGUGUGACACGGCAGCUAAAAAGCCAAUGCAAUUCUGGGCUGCAUCAAUAGGAGUAUAGCAUCUAGAUCAAGGGAAGUAAUAGUGCCACUGUAUUCUGCUCUGGUCAGACCUCACCUGGAGUACUGUGUCCAGUUCUAGGCACCACAGUUCAAGAAGGACACUGACAAACUGGAACGUGUCCAGAGGAGGGCAACCAAAAUGGUCAAAGGCCUGGAAACGAUGCCUUAUGAGGAACGGCUAAGGGAGCUGGACAUGUUUAGCCUGGAGAAGAGGAGGUUAAGGGGUGAUAUGAUAGCCAUGUUCAAAUAUAUAAAAGGAUGUCACAUAGAGGAGGGAGAAAGGUUGUUUUCUGCUCCUCCAGAGAAGCGGACACGGAGCAAUGGAUCCAAACUACAAGAAAGAAGAUUCCACCUAAACAUUAGGAAGAACUUCCUGACAGUAAGAGCUGUUUGACAGUGGAAUUUGCUGCCAAGGAGUGUGGUGGAGUCUCCUUCUUUGGAGGUCUUUAAGCAGAGGCUUGACAACCAUAUGUCAGGAGUGCUCUGAUGGUGUUUCCUGCUUGGCAGGGGGUUGGACUCGAUGGCCCUUGUGGUCUCUUCCAACUCUAUGAUUCUAUGAUUCAAUGUGGCCAGCAUGACUAAGCCGCUUCGGGUGAACCAAAGCAGCGCACAGAAACACCGUUUUCCUUUCCGCCGGAGCGGUACCUAUUUAUCUACUUGCACUUUGACUUGCUUUCAAACUGCUAGGUGGGCAGGAGCAGGGACCGAGCAACAGGAGUUCACCCCGUCACGGGGAUUCGAACCGCGACCUUCUGAUCGGCAAGUCCUAGGCUCUGUGGUUUAACCCACAGCGCCACCCGCGUCCCACAAGAGAUACUCUCUUCCUAAUAAUAAUAAUAAAUAAUUUAUUUAUACCCCACCCAUCUGACUGGGUUUCCCCAGCCACCCUAGGUGGCUUGCAACAGAAUAAUAUUAAUAAGAAUAAGAAUAAGCAGCAAUAAAACAUCAAACAUUAAAAACUUCUCUAAACAGGGCUGCCUUCAGAUGUCUUCUAAAAGUCAUAAUACUUUCACUUGUGGUGCAUUUGCACAAAGGCUGGUUUUGCGCAAUGUGAGAUUUGCAUUUCCAGGGUGGGGGAGGUGCAAGAUUGGCGCUGCCCUCAAAACCUUGUGUAAUGGAACAUCCUUUUUUAAAAUUUGUGGAAAAGUUCCACUGUUGGGAACAUAAUUUGCUAUGAGAUGUAACUACACUGAAAAUCAAGCAGAUUUAAUUACUUCUGCAGAUGCCAUAAGAAUGCAUCCCUGGUAUUAUCUCACCCCAACUCCCUCAAGGUUUGAGCAAGCUUAUUAACAGUUGGGUGACUCUGUUUGCUACAACGUUCAGUUUUUUGUUUCUGGUUCUUUUUAAUAAGUAACCCCUGCAGGUGUAAAAUAAAUAAAAACUCUAGUUACGAACCUCGAGAAAUAAUACUAAUUGCUGGAGGAUUCUGCUAAAAGUGUGGGCUUUGUUUUUGUUACAAAACACUUGACACUUGGAGUAAGUGAAUCAUAAAAUACUUGACCAGAUGUAUUUAAUAACAUUUGUAUUAUAGGUCCUAGGAGAAAGUAUAAACUCUGUUUCCAUUUUCCCACACCAAAACAAGGUGUAGUAGCAAGCAUGUGGAACAUAUUAUUACUAUUCAACAAUUAUUUAAUGCCAUUAAUAUAUGAUAUGUGUGUGUAUGUGUAUGUGUGUGUAAUUAUCUAUCUAUUUUUCUUCAUUCAUAGAAGUGACUAGUUGUUCUGGGGCUGGAGGGAAGGAGACCAAUAGAAUGAAGGUCAUGUAGCUUAGUAAUUAAUGAAAGGGACAAUAAUAGAGUUGCAAAGGACUUUAAAGUUCAGUGGAAAAUUAGGCUAUCUUGUUCAUAAAACACUUGUGUUGAAGAAGUGGAGUUGGGGAGGGAGACUCGGAGGUGGAGUUAAAAAAAAUGUCUUGACAGAAAGCUCAGGUGAAACUGUUCCAGAUGGACAUAUUCCAAAUUAAUUGUGCCUCUGGCAGGUAGCUGGCACUUCUAUCAAAACAAAAAACAGAAUAAGUAGAAAGCCAAACAGCUCUUCUCCUUUCUCUCCUGUUGUCAGUGGGAUGCUGGAUUCCUUUUUCAAAUCCCUUCUGAGAUGCAUUAAAACUAGCAAAAACAAAGUGUCACGGCAUACUUAAGCCUAACAGAUUUAUUGUGGCAAAAGCUUCUGUGGAGUAGUUCUUAUUUAUUUACAAUAUUUGCAUGCCAUCCAAUGACAAAGUUCUUCGGGUGGCUUACAGUAUCAAUAAAACAAUAAAUCACGACUGUAAACAACAUAGGAGGGGAUUAGAGCUCUUGUCAUCCAUGAAAGCUUAUGCUGUAAUAAAUCCAUUAGGACUAUUUAGUUUUGCUGCAACAAACACUACUGCCUGUCUAGAAUGUAAAAGCAUUCUAGACUUACCAUUGAAUGGAAAACUAGAAGCUCAGUGUACAUCAUUUAAUUCAGGGGUUCUUACCCUGUGAUCCAUGGACCCCUUUAGGGUCCUUGGAUGGGCUUCAGGGGGUUUGUGAACUGGGUGCAGAAAAUGCUAUUUACAAUUCUUUGAUUCUAUGAAAGGGGCCAGUGACUCAAAAAAGGUUAAGAACCCCUGGUUUAACUGGUGUUACAGUUUUUAUCUGAUUCAACAAAAAACUCAAAACAAAUAUUGCAUAAGAUUAAAAUAAACAAGGGUGUUAUACAAAUUGCCUUGUUUGGUAAUAAAGAGGGAGGGUAGGCUAAGCUAACCUAACCAGUGUUGUACUCAAAGAUUUUGGAGCAUGGCUCCCUGUGUAAAUAUAUCUGAAAGAUGCUAUAAUACUGCAACUAAGAGAACCAAAUCAAAUCAACUCCCCACUGUUCGUGGUGGGUCAGAAUUCCUCUGGGGGCAGAUGUCAUUUCAGCUGAGGUUCUGGAAUUGCCUGGUGAGAAUGUUCUCAAAAUCAUAUGCAGUUUGUAUGACCUGUUGGCAUGUAGAUGUUGGCUAUGUAUUGAAGUGGCAUAACAACACACACACACACACACACACACACACACACACACACAGUGCUAGAUUGUUUUCCCUACCCAAUUUUGUGUGAGUACGAAGUGGUUCAGUUUUACUUUAAAGUUUUUACAAAUGUUUCAAACAGCUGCUGAGGUCCACAACAAUCCUGUUCGCUUGCAAGGAUUAAACUAUCAUCUCCUAUUCUUCUUUCCUAGACAUCAGACAUCCAGAGGAACUCUCCCUUUUGAGGAAGCCCAGAGAUCCCACAAAGAAGAAAAAGAAAAAACUGGAUGACCAGUAUGAAGAUGAGACACUUGAGCUGGAAGGACCAUUAAUCACCCCUGGAUCAGGUGGAGCCUAUAUUUUGCUUUAGAGGAACAAGAGGAAUAAUAAGAGGUUGGGGAAGGAGAGAAGUAUGGCGAGCGAUGUAAACAUGUCACUGGGUGGGUGGGAAUGUUAAGGAAGAGAAAGUUUAGAACUGAAACUGGAGCAGGUGCUAAAUGGAAAGAUGCACAGUCACACCUAAUCUCUUGAUGGCCUUGCAGGAAAGCGCCUUGCAGCUAAAAUCUACAGAAUUCAUUGGGGAGCUGUAUGCUGCUUGGUAAUGAGACUCACCCUGUUCCACAAUUAAGACAGUGGCACUGUGACAACUGCUAAUCUGAGUAUUGUGCCUGACUCACUGAGCCAUUUGGCCUUGCGCAUGGGUAACAGUCCAGUAGGUGCAGCGUCAAAUCUGGGGACAUGUCUUUGUAUGUUCCCAGAUUUCCCCCCCCCCCACACCUGCUCAUCCUUUCUGCACCCAAUACGGUGGAUAAUAACUUAGCUUUGUGUCAAAAGAAGUGCUAACUGUUUUCUGUAAUAAGAAGCAGUAGUAGUUCUCCUUUCACCUGCCAGUGGAUAAUGGGAAGCUUAAAAACUUUUGUUUUUAUCUGUAUUUGUUGGUUUAAUAGCACAGCCUGCAGAUAUAUUAAAAAGUAGCCCUGUGUUCUUUGCUGGCUGUCUAAUAAUGGAUUCUUCCUACAUACAAGCUAUGACUUGGCUUGUUUAUAGAGUUGGAUAGGGUGCUUCUGAAUGGAAGUUGUGAAUUUGAAGACGAUGGGACGUUUCCAGGCAUUGCAGAUAUUUUGAGAAUAGCCCUGGAUUGAACAGCCCUGUUGUAUGGAUGUGACAUUCUGAACACCCACGUAGUGUGGGUGAUGGUGAUACUGACAAAAAAUAGUAGUGAUGUUUGCCUAUAUCCCAGCCACCAAAUGGAGCCCUGGGUGUUUAGCAUUAAAAUGCAAAACUGCAAUAACAAAACAUGUUUGAAAUAUUUUUAAAGGGGGACAAUAGUUAUUUUAUCAUUAAAAUUGUAUAGUACUCUGCUUUUAAAAAUAAAUUUCCAAACCAGAUACGUGGGAAAAGGAAAGAAUGCCCUAAUGAGAAACAUGCAGUGGAUUCUCUGCAGUCUUCCUCAUGUUUGAAAGGCCUCUGACAAAACACUGACAUCUGGAAGGAACAAAUUCCGCAUUGAAAAUUGCUCUGUUCUAAAAAGCUUUCAGAUGCAACGCUGGGAUCCGUCAACGUGGGGGUGGGGUUUGGUCAGAUUGAGAUUCUUGGAGGAAGUCUGAAUUGUAGCUAGGACAUGUACCUUUCAGGGCCUUGAAUACCAACACUAAACUUCAAAUUUAACACUAGGUUAAGUUUAAUAUACUGCUUUAUAGGCAGCCAGUGUCACAGGGGUGUGUUGGUGCAGUAAUUGUGUCUUACCAGUUUCCAGCAGAGUGACUGCUAGGGUCAUGGGUGCACCUGCUAUAAGCAACCCCAUGAGGAAUUGGUUCUUUGCAUAUCUCUAGCUUCUAGAGCCUUCUGUCCUGCCAAAAGCUACCAUCUAAUUUUAAUUGUGAGGCAGUGUGUGCUGGCUUGAGGACCAGCACCCCCUUCUUAGUUGGCAGCAGGAAGUACUGACAUCAGACACUCGGAGGUGUGAAGAGGGCAUGCUGGGGCCAGUCCCAAGGAACCCCUGUGGAGAAAUGUCUAACAGAUCAUUUUACUGAUGCAAACACAAGUAGUAACUUAAUGCCUGAAACAUCUUUCCUGUCUGGCUCCAUUUAAAAUGCCAGCCUCCUCAUCUUAAGGGGCAGCUAGAGGUGUCAUGUCCCUGUGAAUGACUUCAAGUCAAACUUACUCUUGAUUGCUGCUUUACUGCAGGAUCAUCUUCAAGUGAGUAAGGCUCCGCAUGCUUGCUAGGAAGUCAGAAAUCAAUAGGACAGACUCCUGCCAUUGUGUCACCAACCACAAUUAGGUUUUUACAUCUCGAUAUUCUUCCUUUGUCCCCAUGCUUCUGAGCGUGCAUACAUAAUUAAAGAUAGCAUCAUAGAGCUUUCCAGCGUGCAUUGAUCCUUCCAAGAAAUAAUUAAAACUAAAAAAAUUCUUAAAAUUACAAGAGAUCCAGUCCCUACAUGCUGUUGUGAGAAUUUAAAACAUAUGCCUUGCAUAGUUUCCUGAAAUUCACCCUAUUUUGAGAGAAUGGGAGUGCUUUGGAAGGGGAAUUGCAAAACUAGUCUGUGUAUUAGAACAGUGAUUAGUUUGUUUUCUUUCUGAAAAGUUCUCCUUUCAUGUCUUCCCCCUCUUGCUUCAUUUUCCUCAUGUUCCCCAGUGCACAUUUUUACUAUUAGACAAGUAAAAAAAACCAAACCAACCCUACCUGUUAAUCUAGAAUUGCUCUUACCUGCCUCAAGUCCAUUGAGUAGGUUACCAGUGUAAUUAAAACUGGCUAUUGAUUGUUUAGACAUCAUUGUUUAGAAUGACUGGUUCUCUCCUUGGUUUUUAAAACCUAUUUCUGUAUAUAGUAUUCUCCAUAGGGAAGGGCUGUACCUCAGCUGUAGAGCAUGUGCUUUGCAUUCAGAAGGUCCCAGGUACAAUCCCCAGCAGGCUAGGAAUGUCCCUGUCUGAAACCUUAGAGAGCCACUACCAGUCAGUGCAGUCAACCUGGAGGCUGAACUAUUUUCUGUGUGCAAAUCUUGUACCACGGAGCUGCAGCUCUGGGUAAUCACCUCAUCCAUGAUCUCCCAUCACAGCUGUUCCAAUUUCUGGAUGGAAGAUUGCCUGGCUGGAAACCUGGUGUUGAGCAGCAGUGGGUUUUGUUCUGUUUUUAAAUUAUUAUUUUUUCAAGCAUUAGGCAAAUUCAUGGAGGAAGCAAGCCAUGUGAGUAAAACAUGCUUGAGUCCCUCACUAACGCUGCAUAGGUAAAGGUAAAGGGACCCCUGACCAUUAGGUCCAGUCGUGGCCGACUCUGGGGUUGCGGCACUCAUCUCACUUUAUUGGCCGAGGGAGCCAGCGUACAGCUUCCGGGUCAUGUGGCCAGCAGGACUAAGCCGCUUCUGGCGAACCAGAGCAGCGCACGGAAACGCUAUUUACCUUCCCGCUGUAGCGGUACCUAUUUAUCUACUUGCACUUUGAUGUGCUUUUGAACUGCUAGGUUGGCAGGAGCAGGGACCGAGCAACGGGAGCUCACCCCAUUGCGGGGAUUUGAACCGCCGACCUUCUGAUCAGUCCUAGGCUGAUUUUUCACCACCCCCACCUGUGGACAAGGGAUGAGGAGGUGUUCUGCAUGCAGUAAUCAUGCCAGGGUUGUGCGGAAGAGCAGGGGGUAAAUGUGCAAGCGCAACACCUGCUCGCAGUUGCUAUGCAGAUAGGAGAAUGUCAACUUGUUGCACACCCCAAGGCAUUAUGUAAGAUUCAGUUCCUUUUGCAGCAGCGCACUGUGGAUUACUUUUAAAAAAUCUGCUCAUGCCACAUAAUUUUGGUUCAGGGACAUGAUGUUUUGUUAAGUUGCCAUGCCGUAGACAACGGUACAUUCCACUCCACAUACGUUACAGCAAGUCUUAGAAUUGGAUUCUGAGAAACAUUAAAGAUUUGGCCGGGGGAUAAUGAAUGGUUUGCUACAACUUACCUUUGCAGCACUCCCUUCUUGCACACCUUGUUAGCCUGAGGAUUUAAUAUACACUCGUAUUCAUACACAGUUCAUUUAAAGAUAGUAAUUUGGCCCUUGGCAUCAAGCCACAAGCCCGACAGUCACUCAUUUCCAAAGAGCAUUCUUCGCUGUUGCUUAUUAGAAUGAAUAACAAAUACAUUCUUGCCAGUUACAUACCUUCUUGCCGCCCACUGCAACCCAGUUUAAGGCCACGAACUUUUACCUGCCAUGACUUCAUUAAAAUGAGUUGUUGAUCUAAAAUGAAAUCCCACGCAGUCCCAAUUCCCUACGUGCCACAGUUGGUAACAGAGAGGGAGCUACUUUUUCACGACUGGCUAUCAGGUCAGAAAUGCACUGUGACCAGGGGCAUCCAUGUAUGUGCUGUGUAUUCAUUCGUACAUUUGGGUUUCAUGCAGCUUACUGAAUUGCAUAAUUGUUUUGGUUUGAAUUAUUUAGUGGCUGGAGACUUUGCACUUAACCUUGGGAUAGAGAUGUUAUGUAGACGACAACCCUCAACUGUGGGGGGUAGGAUAUGGGUCAUUCCUGGGAGAGGGGGAAAUCCUGAUCAUGGAAAGAAAUCAUUAUUUUUGUAAGAGUUGAAAAAAAUGAUUUCAAUUAAUGGGAACUCUAUAAAAUUACUUAAACAUCAGAAUGAAUCUUGGGUUCUGGCCAUGUCUCUGCAGACCACACAAGAAUUCUGGAGAAUGUUGUCCAUCCCUAUCUUAAAAUGUGAAAGUUCAGAUGUUAUGAAUUUUGUUUUCUAAGUUGCGCUGUGUGUCUGUGUGUGUGUGUGUGUGUGUGUGUGUGUGUGUUUGUUUUCCUGCUUCUGCUGCUAAUGGCUUGGAUUCUUUGACCUGCUUAAUGAUAAGGGGUGUGUGUGUGUGUCAGGAUUUCUCAACACUAGGUCUUCAGUCCUUGGGAGGAUAUUGCUCUCCAAGGAUCACACCCUGGCUCACCUCCCCUCCCCUCUUCACCAUUGUGGCUUUUUUGUUUUGUUUUAUCACAGUGCUUCAAAGAUCAGAUAAACUGAAGGGAGCAAUUUAGCAAUCCUGCUUUGUAGUCUGUCCUCUCCUGCCCUUGGCAUUCCUCCACAAAACCCAGAAUUGUAAAUAAAUUGGUUAGUUGCUUUGUAAAGAGUGCUUUUGCUCAAAAUAUGAGAGAGAAGCAAGAUUUUAAAAAACAAAAAACAAAAUCCAGUAAUAGGGAGGAGAGAACACACACACACACAGAGAGAGAGAGAGAGAGAGAGAGAGAGAGAGAGAGAUUGUGGCACUUGGCUAAGUGUCAUGACAAACACAGUUGAGUUCAGCAUGAGACCUGCUAUGCAAAGUGUCAUUAAGGGCCAAACUAGAUAUCAUACAGAAAACAAAGGAAAACAAGUCUCCCAGCAUUGUUAAAUGAAAGCAUUGUGUGAGGCCACUGUCAGGACUGUAGGAUACCUAACCAGAGGAGAGAAGGUUGUAUUUCUGUCCGGAAUUGCAUACAUGUAACCCCAGCUGCUUUUUUACUCAGGAGAAGAGAAAGGAGUAACUUUUCCCAUGUUGGUGGAAAAUAAGUUAGGUCUGUGGGGAGAAGCUUUUGAGUGAGGAAAAUGGCUGGAGGAGGGAAGGUUUUUUAAGCAGCGAGUCUCUCCUUACUUCCCUCACUUCCUGAUUGUAGCAGCUUCAGAUUUAAGAGAGAGAGUUAAAACCACUGGGAUAUGGUAACAUACCUCCAGUGCAAUGUCUAGUUUUCCCCCCAAGAGAGAAAAAUGGAUGACUUUCCUAUAGAUCCAGACAAACCUGUAGAAGAAAAAGCCUUCCCCCUAAGUGUCAGUCUACUGAGUGAUUCUAAAUUCACUGGCUGUUGCUUUUCCACUGCAAAGCAGAGCAUAGAUAGAAGAACAGGGGAGUGUGAUUUGCAAGCGAAGGGCAGCUGUGGUGGGGUUGGUGGCUCAUUUGCUCUCCCCUGCAAAUUCUCAGUAUCCCUUCUUUGCAGUGAAGUGGAAGCCAAGAUUCCGUGACCCGCUUUUGCUCAAAUUGCAGGUCAGCCCUCUGUUCUGGAAUGCUGUUGAUUCUACAGUUUCACCAACUAAGAACCCCUAGGCCCUAUACUUUUAAAGCAGAAUCACAAAUUUGUGUAUGGAGAAUCCAUUUGCCUCUUAGAGCUACAGUUCUCAAGAGUGGGUUAUUAAUUCUUCUUCCAGAGGAACUCCAAGAAUUGUAGCUCUCUGGUGGGAAUAGGGGGGCUCCUAAGCACUCUCAGACCUGUAACAAGCUGCAGCUCCCAGGACUCUUUGUUUAAAGUUGUGUGACACAAUUUUAGAUGUACAGUGGAUGCUCGGGUUGUGAAAGUGAUCCGUGCGGGAGGCACGUUCGCAACCCGCAGCGUCGCGUCUGCACAUGCAUGGAUCGCGAUUCGGCACUUAUGCGCAAAGCGUGAUUUAGUAUUUCUGCGCGAGUGCCAAAACCCAGAAGUAACCUGUCCCAGUACUUCUGGGUUCGGCGCGGUGCGCAAACUGAAAACGCGCAACCUGAAGCAUUUGAAACCCAAGGUAUGACUGUAUUGUGCAGAUGGGGGUCUAAUUCUCCAACUAAUAAAGGACAUAGAAUUGCCACCAAAUGAAAUGCGGUAGCAGCAAGGGCAAAGUGCUAAAGUGUUGAGGAUAUUGCUUUAAAAGCUGCAAGAGAAAAAGGAUACGGAAGAACCUCUAUCGGUUUCAAGUAGCGUGUGAUUGCAUUUGCUCUCAUGUCUGUCUUAACUUGCCUGCUUUUGAAAGACUCGUUUUGACAAAGACUGUUCUAUUUUGUUUUGUUUACCUUUUUUUUUACUCUAGAAAGUGUAGUGUACAUUGAUAGCAUUGUGGUUUUUUUAGAAAAACAAUUUGUCAAGGAGGAAUGCCUCUUAAUUUCCAAGUAGGAACAUUUCUAAAGCAAAAAUGGGAAGAAAUGGAAUACCUGGGAGGUGGGUUUUUGUGCAUAGGCAUCUCAUUUUGCAGCCGCAAGCUAUUAAGCACUGCUUCUUUACAGCCUUCCUUGAAAUAAAUGCAGAUUGGAAUAAUCAGUUGCACAGUGAAUUGACUCCUGUGUGAGCUGCAGAAUGGUUGUGCAGAAGCAGCUGGCUUCCUUAGAAUACCAGCAGCCUUUCUCAGUGGCGGUUGGAUUCCAGUUGUCGUCAUCCUUCAGGCUCCAGUGCUAUAACACACCUGUUCCAGGCUACAGGCCUUUGCCUGGGUUUUUAGUUUAGAGGAAAGGCAAGUACGAGGCAACAUGAUAGAAGCUUAUAAAAGAAUGUGUGGCGUGGAGAAAAGGAAUAGAGAAAAGAUGUUCUCCUCUCAUAACAGUAGAACUCGUGGACAUUCAGAGAAGCUGUAAGUUACUGGAAGACUUAGGACAGAUCAAAGAAAGGGCUUUUUCACGCAGCACAUAGUCAAACUGCAGAACUCACUCGUCUAGGAGGCGGUGAUGACCACCACCCUUUAAAAGAGGAGGGCACAAAUUCAUGGAGGAGAGGGAUCUCAAUGGCUACUAGCCAGGAUAGCUAUUCUCUGCCUCCACAGUUGGAGACAGCCUUGCUUCUGAAUGCCCGUUACUGGAAACCACAGAAGGGGAGAGGGCUGCUGUGCUGGGAGCCUCCUUGUGAGUUCCCACAGGCAUAUGAUUGGUUAUUGUGAGAACCAGAUGCUGGAAUAAAUGGGCCAUUGGCCUGAUCCAGCAGGCUAUUCUUACGUACUUAUGUGUUCUGCAUAAAAACCCUUGCUGUAAUAGAGCAAUUUAUGUUCCGAUUUAAAAUUCUUAUACAGUUUCGUCCUAAGGCAGGGAUGGCGCGCGUGUGUGUGUGUUCACUAAAAUCCAAAGCUCUAUAAAACACAGACAAGUGCCAAACAUAUGUAGAAUUAAAUAGCAGCCUGCCUCUGAGCCCAUUCUAAGCCUAGGAAUUUGUUUUCAGUAACGCAACGGAACUAAGCUCAAAGCCCUUUCAUAGAAUCCAACCAGGUAAAACACUCAGAGGGUGUGGACCAGUGAUUCUAGGGGGAGAGUCCAGGAUCUAUCUAGAGAGGCUUGGAGGGCUGUAUUCUGCGCCCAAGGCAUGAGAUUCCUCACCUCUGGUGUCUAUAAGCUGAACAAGUCUCUCCCACUCCCAGCUUGUAUUCUCCAUCUGUAAAAUAAAAGUAAUGGCGACUUUCCUCACAGUAUUGUUAGAAAAAAUAGUUUGCAAUCCUUAUAUGUUAUUAGAUUUACAGCAAUGAAUGAGAACUAUGCUUCAGAGGAAACAUUGUUGCAGGUGGGUGUGGGAUUUUGGCUGUCCAGGUGUUGCUAAAUUACAACUCCCAGCAACCCCAGCAUACAUGGCUAAUAGCCAGGGGUGAUGGGAGUUGUAGUUCAGCAAAGGCUUUCCACACACCUACACUAGUGUGUUCUUCUAGUGGUAGUUAAAUUCAGUUUCAGCUUCUUAAAAUCCACCCCUGCUGCUGCCUAUUUACUCCACAGCUGAACAAAUACUAAACUUAAGUCCUCAGCCACUGCUGCUCUCAUAUUCUAAAUAUAUUUUGGGGUUCUUUUAGAUCAAGCCAGAGGUGGCUUCGCAGUUUGCAGCUCUUUACAGAAACGUAUAUGUUACAAGGCCACCAGGUGUUGGGUGUGAAAGCGGGUGUUUCUGAGCCCCUUACACAACACAGAAGGGUUGUUAGAGGUCAAACUAAGCAUGGCCAUAUUGGUAAGGUAUGGUCCCUAUAUCUCAACUAUGUCUAUAGAAAUUAUGUUAAUAUAAGAUCUCCAGCCACUCAAGUUUACUUAUGGAGAAACCACAUCACAGAUAGCUGAGACUUCGAAGACGCUUCCAGUGAUUCAGUAUUAGACAGUGGCCCUGCUUGACUUUUCUUUUAAUAUGUGAUUAAUAUAAGCAUUCAAUAAUCUACAGGUUUUGUUGGAAUUGAUUGGUGUUAUUUUACUACAAAUUAGUAAAAUAUUCUGUUGAGAGAGAGAGAGAGAGAGAGAGAGAGAAUAUUUUCCCCUGCUGCUUCUGUACUAUUAAAUACUUUUGGCACAAAACUGGCUCUUUGGGGGCUAAUCUUGACUCAAGUUCUGCUUGUUGAGAGUGUAUAGUACAAGUUCCUUUAAAAAACAAUAGACUGGAGUUGCAAAAUUUCCAAAUGAUCAGAAGCUAAUCUGGACACCCAGAAAUUAAAUAGAUUUAAACUGAUUGGAGCAGUGGCAGCACCAUCUUAAUGAUGCACAUGGGAAGCCAGCUCUUUGAAUUUCUACUUCUGCUGUUAAUAAGACCCUGGAUCCUCUACUGCAAACAGAAUCAUUUUCUUUAUUUAAGGAAGGUUUAAUGUUAAUGUUAGUGUUGGACUAGACUAUCCAAGCAAACUCUAGCGAAAGUCUAGUGAAGCUUUCAGUUCUGUUGAGUGGAAGCAAAAUGAACUUAGAGAAUUCCAACCCUUAAGGGUCUCAAGAAGUAGAAGAAGUAUCACAAUCUACCUUCUGCCUACCCCUAUCCUAAGGUGCAUACCGUAUUUUUCGCUCUAUAGGACACACUUUUCCCCCCUCCAAAAAUUAAGGGGAAAUGUGUGUGCGUCUUAUGGAGCGAAUGCAGGCUCCAUGGCUUCAGUGAAAGCAACGUGAAGCCUCCGACAGGAGAGCAAGAGGGAUCGGUGCGCACCGAUCCCUCUUGCUCUCUUGGCUUCGCUUCGCUGGAGAGGCGCUGCGCAGCUUUCCCUCUCCGCAGCGCCCCUUCAACGAAGCAGGAGGAGAAAUGGAAGGGGCUCCGUUUCUCCUGCCGCUUCGCUGAAGGGGCGCUGCGCAGAGAGGGAGAGAAUUUUUCUUGUUCUCCCCCUCUAAAACUAGGUGCGUCCUAUGGUCGGAUGCGUCCUAUAGAGCGAAAAAUGUGAUACUUUUAUUGAUCUCCCUAAUAGCAGGAGGUGGGUCGCUGCAUAAAGGAGGCUUAAACCAGGCUUUUAAAUUUAACACAGAAUAAUGGCAAAUAUUCUAAAACUCUGAAGAAUGAGCUUUGCAACACAUGUAUAGCAAGCGGUUAUAAGAAGCUCACCACAAAGAGAUUGUGCAGCUUAGACACUCGAGAACUAUUUUAAGAAGAGUUGGUUUUGAGCCUGGGGAGCCGCAUGCUGAAAUCCAGGCAGCCGUGUUUGUUUCUCAGAGUUCAGCCAAGGAAAGGGAAACUCUUUACUGCCUUCAGCGAGGGCUGCUUCAGAUACUCAUUUCUGAAGUGGUAAAGUCCUUAUGCCGUGCCUUCAUCAUCUUCAUUUCCCAUGGAGAGUUUCUGUGCAAUGUACAGCUUUUACGUGAAAAAGUGAAAACUCAGUCUGUUUUUCAAGAGUUCUGCUAUCCUGUGUAUUAACUCAGUUGGUUGUGUGUUAGGUGAAAACUAACUGCUCCCUGCACAAAGCUGUAUUGACAUAUAAGGAUUUUUAUACAUUUAGAAAUAAGCAUCUUACCAUACUCUCCUUUCUCUCCCCCCCCCCAAACAAAAGAUGCAGAGUCCUUUUCUUUGGUAUUUAUAAAGAGUAGCAGUCAGGCAGAAUUCUUACCCAGUUGCUCAGUAAAAAAAGAAGAAGAAGGAAAGGCAAAACUAUUUCCACUCUCCAGUGUUCUGGAUAAUGUUUGCAAAAGCACUGAGAUAAUUGCCAAGCAAGGGAAGUAAUGAACAGACUACUUCAUUUCCUUCCAUUGCGUGUAUAGGCAAAAGAUGACGAAGCAGGAGUUUUGUAUUUCCUCCCUUGUCAGAUAGAAGUAAUACUGCUCAUCUUGGCCAAGUCCUCAUUUUCCUGGAGGACUGGGUGGAAAUGGACUUACCCAGCCUGACAACAGUCUGCUCUAAUUUCACAGCACUGAUUUUCCAACAUGGGCGCUUGGUGCUAAAAACACUGUUACAGGCAUAUACUAUUGAUCUUUUAGAUUUCUGCUGUUUUGCAUUGUCACUUGAUACACAUUGCCAUAAUAAAAUUACUGCCUGUAGGCUUUAUUUUACUGUUUCACCUGCCAUCAGGUGUACAGUUCAGACCUCUUCACAUGUGUCAUGUGCUCAGUUGCACCCUUGAACAUCUCUGCCUGUUUUUCACCCCUGCCUGUUUUUCACCCCUGCUAUUCUUAUUUCUGCUUCUUUCUGCGUCUUCAUCUUACCUUCUGACUUCCUUUCUUUCCUUCUCUAUAGGCUCUGAUGUUCUUUACAUCGGCCCAGUGAAAGGUGAGCCCCAUGUGGGUAGGACUUCAUCUCCUGUGACUUUUCUUUUGACUGUUUUCCUACCUCUCAUCUACACGAGUCUGAAAAUCCUCACGCUGCAGGACGUUCUUAGUUUUUUGCUCUACUUACAAAGCAUGGAAAUGCAGUUCUGGGUCGUCUUUUCCCAUUGAACAAUUAUUUAGGAUAUUGAUAUUGUUGGGGGAUGCUUUGAGUUUGACCAUGUUGUUGGAAAAGUGGCUUAGUAAUAUUAAAUCAAAAUAUAGUUUUGAUUUUAACAUUAUAUCAGAAGCAGAGCCCUAGAAGCAUCAGUUACUUACUCUCCUGCAAGCAGUAUCUGCUUUAUGACAAUGUAAAGUACAGAUUCACAGAUCAUGGGGAAAUGUAUGAACUCCAGUGAGCAUCUUGAGAUGCAAGUUCUUGCUUUUUGUGAUAUGAUGGAAAUGGGAGCCAAAUUUGCCUGUCACUCAAACUCCUGUGCUCCCUGCUCCUUGCACACUUAAAUUUCUUUGCGGAACGCUUCGCUUGUCUAUUUGUUCUUCAUUCAGUGAAACAAAAUGCUAUCUUUUAUUCUAAUGAUAACUUUGUUCCAAUUCUCUUCUCUCAAAUUAGGAAGCAUUUAUUCAAGCCCAGGGCUUUAUAGCAAAACCAUGACGCCAACUUACGAUUCACAUGAUGGGAGUCCUUUGUCGCCAACUUCAGCUUGGUUUGGAGAUAGUGCUUUAUCAGAAGGGAAUCCAGGCAUACUUGCCGUCAGCCAGCCCAUCACCUCCCCAGAAAUCUUAGCCAAAAUGUAUAAACCACAGGCGCUUCUGGAUAAGGCCAAGAUCAACCAGGGGUAGGUUUUAAAAGCUUAUUUAAGCAGCUUAUAUUUUGAAGAAGAAGAGGGGAAAAACAUCAUUUGAAAUGACUAAGCCAGCACUUUCUUUGUGUGUUGGCAGGUGGCUGGAUUCUUCAAGGUCACUUAUGGAGCAGGAUGUGAAGGAGAAUGAAGCCUUACUUCUUCGGUUUAAGUACUACAGCUUCUUUGAUUUGAAUCCUAAGGUAUAAUGCUAUGUGUGCUGGGAUAUCUUCUGCAGGAUUUUCAGUGUCUGUGAUGGAGAGACAGAAAAGGGCAUGCACGACACACGUGUACUGUAAGGAGGGGAAAGGAGCCAAAGUGUUCUAAACCCAGUAACACUGCACAGGCUUGACGGCUCUGCAAUUCUUGCCUGCUUAGAAGCUGAAUCCAUACCAAUAGCACGGUUGCACUUCAUGUUCUAGAGAGGAAACGCUGAUUCUGCAUAUGGAUUUAAUUAAGCUAGUGGAAUAAUUUGGUAUGUGUCUUGUGAAAAUUAAAUGUUUAUUUUUCCAAUAUUCAGGCUAGCAAUGAAUUUUGACCCUUUGGGGGGUAUAACUGAAGUGACAGAAGGCAAGGCGGGGGGAAACAGAGAGUGCUUCUGAAUUAGACAAACAAAAACUUGUGGCUUCCCGAAGACUAGGAAAGGUAUUAUCUGCUGGGCUCCCUCUCCUUAUGGCAGUGGUGUCCAAACUUUUUUCAAAGAGGGCCAGAUUUGAUGAAGCGAAGGGCCGACCAAUCCCUUUCUUUAGGAUUGACGUUGUUGAGCUUUUUAAAAGGAUUUUGCCCCGGGAAAUAAACUGCCACAGGGGCCGGAUUAAACCGACCGGCGGGCGAGGUUAGGCCCCAGAAACGGAUUUUGGACAUGCCUGCCUUUUGGGUUGGAAAUUGGAACAGUCAUAAUCUGAUGGGCAACCCAGCCCAAACUUUUGCAGAACUGUUAGGUAAUGAAUGACUGUUUGGUGACACUACUUCAUCCUACUUAUAUCUAGAAGCACCACUAGUUAAGCAGUGUUGAUAGAACAAAGACAAAAGGCUUAAUUGCAAAUGAGGCUGGAAAAUGUGUAGGAUUGGGCAAACAAUUUGAGCAGAUUUAGGAUAGCUGGUUUCUUUGUGAUGACUUUCCUUUAUAGCAGUGAGAGUGACUAAUGGCUGGAUAUAUACUAGCUCCCUAGUGGGCUGGAAGUUUUCAUCUGCCAUAUGCAAGCUCUGGUAUUUCAGACUGACACAGCAAAUAGAAACGAAGGCAUUCAAAAGCCUUAAUGAUUUGACAGGAUUUUAUUACUUGACUACAAAAAGCUAUGUGCUAUAAUCCUUAAGCAGGGUCCUGUACAAAUGAUAUGGUCAUGUCCCCAUAGUAUGAUGCGAUCAGAAUCAACCAACUCUAUGAGCAGUCGAAAUGGGCUAUUCUUUUGGAAGAAAUAGAGUGCACAGAGGAGGAAAUGAUGAUGUUUGCAGCAUUGCAGGUGAGUGGAGAUGCUGUAGGUCCAAAUCUCUGAACUUUUAAUUUUUGCCAUCUUAACGAUACCUUUCUCUAGAAAGUAUUAGUGCCUCUGACAUGCUGACUGAGCUUUGUGUCUUGCCCUAUAUUUUUUCAGUGGCUAGAAUGGUUUGUUCUGACAGAUCUUGGCUUCUUCCCCAUUUUUUAGGGUUUACUUGAACCUUUUUAGGUGAUUUCAAAAUAAUUUUCCUCCUUGUUAUGUCUCAAGCAAAGGAAUUUGGAUUCUUUUUCUCAAACAUGUUUGUAUCCAUUUUUCCUUUUUUUGUUGGCUUUUAAGGAAAUAACAAGUACAUUAGGUUACUGAACCACAGGGUUCUGGCACUGAACCUCUCAAACAGCUGGUGAUAAUCCCUGGGUUUCCCAAAAAUACAUUCUACCCUCCUUCUCUAGAAUAGGACACAAUUUGCCAUUUUUGGCACACACAAUGCAGCACAUAUAAACAGAUUUAAUGCCAACUCAAGUCCCCUUCAUACUUUAUUCCCUUGAAGGGGGCAUCACAUCAUAAUUAUUUCAAGUGGGGGCAUUCUCCUAUAACUGUCCUUUGUAUCUGAUAUGCUGCCUGACUCUUUCAAAGAUAUGUUUCCAGAGUGGUCUAACAAUCCAUCUCUUUCCCCAGGAAACUCUGGAAACUGUAGUUCUGUGUGGUAAAUAGAUCACAGCUAUUGUGCAGGAAAAAACCUAAGGUUGUAAGGCUGAACAUUUAUGUUUGAGACCUUCAGGUAACUUGUUAAGAGAUACCUAUAAUACUCACGGAGCUACAGUUCCCAGACAUCCCUGGGAAAUAGGGAUUGCUAAACCACACUGAGAUUCUUAUCUCUUUGAGGGGGUCUCCUAACAACUCUCAGCUCCCUUAACAAACUACAUUCCCCAGAACUCUUGGGGGUGGGGGAAGCCAUUACUUUUUGUAGUGUUUUGAUACUUGAUCAUAUUUGUACUGCAGACGAGACCCUGGGCAUGUCCAUUAACUUCAGGGGGUUUACUCUGAGGAGGACUAGUGUUAAAUACCUCUGUAAAUUGGUAGUUGGAAUUAACAUGACUGUAAAGAGAUGCACCACAUUUGCCAUCUUCUGGAAGUAGAAUUGGUCUUUUAAAUGACACACACUUAUAAGAUCACCAAGCUCUGAACAGGUCCACAAAGGUUUUGGUACCUUUUGGUCUUGCCAAUAUAAAUUGGAGAACUUCAAGUGGAGAAGAAGUUCAGCACCACCCAGUAAGCUCCACACCCUUAAUAUACUACACAGUAGCUUCACAGGAAAAUGCCAGGCAUGAAUGUUACCUUGCAGAAAAAGCUACUCCUCCCCACCCGCCCUGGGAGUUCUUUUGAGGAUUUGGUUAUGGUAAUCUUCUCUUAGCCGAAGUGCGGUUUCAUUUACAGUCGUCUUUAUUUGGCUCUUUACUCCUUUCUUGCAGUACCACAUCAAUAAGCUGUCCAUCAUGUCAUCUGAAAAUCACUUGAACAACAGUGACAAAGAGGUUGAUGAAGUUGACGCUGCCCUUUCUGACCUGGAGAUUACUCUGGAAGGUGGGAAGACAUCCACAAUUCUGGUAAGGGCAGGAAGUGGGAGCUUCAAUCUUGACCUAAAGAGCACAUCUCUGCCAAAGCAUUUGAGGUUGGCAAUCUGGAAGAAAACGUGCAAUUGAGUGGAUAGACCUAAAUGAACAUUUUGAGAGCAGCUCUAUCUGUAAAUGAGAAGCAGACUUCCCACAGUGAAGAAACAGGCUAAAGACUAUGCGGUUUUAUAACUCUAAUUCAGAGAUGGGAACAUGUGUUCCUCCAAAUAUUGCUGCAUCAUCCCUGACAUCUGGAGGGCCACAGGCUCCAUACCCCUGCUAUAAUGUCACUGAUCAUCUACAGUGGAUGGGCUGACUCAACAGAGAGCAGGCCAGCAGCUCCCUCUAGCAAACUGUCAGAAUGGAACAGGAAGCGAAACCCCUGGAUCCCCUUGCAAGAGUCUCCAUUGAAGCAGUCAUCUCCUGCUAUUUUCGUUCUCUUGCAGACCUGUUGUUGUGAUGCAAUAAGCCAGAAAUGCAUUCCAUGCGAAAUUUUCUCUGGCACAAGUGUUGUUGCAAUGGGUGGGAGCUCUGCACCAGUCGUGCUUUUGCACAACUCCAUUCGUUUCAGCGAAACUUGGGCAGGAGACUUUUGCACUUAGGAGUUAUGUUGCUCACAGUAAACACUGCAGAUCAGAAACUUGAUGCAAGAGCACGAGUCUCUUUUGGGUUCAUUUAUACAGCCCAGCGUCAUUAAAGAGUGCUUAUUCUGAGAGACCCGGCACUGCCAAGGAAUUCCAAGCACGUCGUUCUGCCAAGCACAUCCCUUGUGGACCAACUUGGAUUGCUCAUAGGUUGCAGAGUCUCUGGAACUGCAGAUUUCACCCUCCAGAGAUAAGCAUCCUGCUCUCAUAUAUAAUUUUUUACAUGAUUGCUUAUGCUGGGAUGCAACACAAGUCUUUGAUGUUGCCUAUCUUUCAACUUGGUUCAGUCUCUCAUCUCAGCCUUUUAAAAUGUGUAAAUAAAUCAGAGGAAGGAUAUCAAGAUUACUGUGUAAAACAGGAGAAUCUGCAGAAGUUUUAAUGGAAGUUACCCAUUUAGCCCUGCUGCCUGUGAUGUAAGGAUUUCAUCCUCUUUAGAUUAUGGAGCAUACCUGUUAAACUUUCCUGUCCUAGCACAGAGGUUCUUUCCUUUUCCCCAUAUCUUUCCAGCAAGCAACUUAAAUGCCAACUGAGCAGUGUUAAGUGGGACUCAUUCUUGUCUCGGGCAUUGGGCUGGGGUCUCUUAGAGAGGCCCAGGCAAGGAGAAACAAGCAAAGGGCAGCGGAAAUCAAGUCAUUACCUAUCGACUUGCAGCAGAGUUAAUCAAAAGAAAAAUAACAGAGAGCUGCAGAGACAUCAACAUAAACCUAAAUAAUGUGGGGUAUGGAGAGCCCACCAUAUAGUGUUCCUCUCAUUGAGUAAUCUGAGGCACAAAAAUUGGAUGAUGUGGCAAGAUGAUAAGGAAUUCCAGGCAUCCAUGGGCAGACCUUGGUAAUAUAGCACCCUGAGCGAAGCCAAAAUGUGAUGCCCCCCCAAGCCCUUGCACUGUCUUCCCCAAGCUGGGUAAGCGAGCUUUGGGAAGAAAGCGCAAGGGCUCUGGCAGAAUCCUAGAGCCCUCCCACCUCCUUCCCAAAGCAGGGCAAGCACUUACCAGGCUUUGAGAAGACGGGCACCCCUUUGACUUGGCACCCAGUGGGGGGAGGGACUAGUUGUGCUGCCCUAAAUCAGGCACUGAAUCAUUCACCCAGUUCAUCGGUUCGCUGCUGAGUUUCAAUAGUUUGCUCUUUAUCAGAGGAUACAAUUUAAAUGCAGGCACAUGCUUUCCUGAAGACUCAUUCGAAAUGAUCCCUGCUCUUUCUGUUGCUGUAAAGUUACUGCCUCCACUGGGAAGACUCAUCUCAGACACGGAGAACUCUUCCUACAGAAGCAUGUGCAUAUUUGGACAGAUGGGGAAAGGAAAUUAGCUGUUGGCUAAGCAAAGCUCUGCAUGCAACUCUGGAAUGCCUUUGUCUUGAAAUGCAAGAGCCAUUGGAAUCUGUGUCCAUUCAGUUCUGCAAGUUUGAGGAAUGCCCAUUCCAGUAAAGGCAGGAUUCUAUUGGCCUGAGCUUCUGAUUCCUCAGCAGCUGAAAGAGAAGGAGCUGUGUAUGGUGCCCAAGGGCAGAGGAGUGGAUUGGAAGUCAUUUAUAGCUUUGGAGGCACAGCUGCCAUUCUCUGUUGCAAAGCAAGGUUCACUCUAUUACAGACAGUCAUCAGCUGUGGGGGGCUGACCUCAGUCUAGAAUGGUCUACGUUUUUUUGCUAGAUUCCCACAUGAGUCCUUCUCAGGCGUUAAUGCCUGAAGAGGAAAUAUCAGUGUGUUGGGGGCAUGGAGUGGAACAUGCUAGCCUCACCCCCAAGGUUUGCAUCCCUGCCCACUUAUCCCAGACAUUUCCAUGCUGAGCAGAGAAGUUCCAAAGGGGCUCCCAGUUGAGCAGAGACUUCUACAGCUGCAGGCAGAAGGCCCACUUCAAACCCUCCUUGCUCCAAUAAAGAAGGACUGGGGCUAAAUUAGUAGGCCUGGGCCACAUGGGACCACCACAUGCAACCCUAGACCUUCUACACAGAAUGAGAUUUUCCCCUUAGGCACAUCACCUGAACAGGCCAUGAUCUUGUUUUAAAAGGCAAGAGAGAAUAUUUUAACAUGGGCUUGGUAUGGAUAAAUAAAAUUAUUCUGAGCCUAUGCAGUUCCCCCGGGUCAUGUGGCCAGCAUGACUAAGCCACUUCUGGCGAAACCAGAGCAGCGCACGGAAACGCCGUUUACCUUCCCGCUGGAGUGGUACCGAUUUAUCUACUUGCACGUGCUUUCGAACUGAUAGAUUGGCAGGAGCUGGGACCAAACAGGAGCUCACCCCGUUGCGGGGAUUUGAACCGCCGACCUUCUGAUCGGCAAGCCCUAGGCUCAGUGGUAUGAAUAUAAUACUGUACUGCACUGGAAAGUUAAAUAGGAGCCUGUCUUUCUUGUUUGAAAGCAUCUGAAAAAAAUUAGACCAUUUAGCCUCUCCAAAGAUCUAAAACAACACAGUUUUCUAGCUGGCCAUCCAUAGCCAGAAAGUCCUUGAAGUUUUGUUGCUAUAAUUGUUUUUUUAAUUGAAUCAGGUCUUUUCUUGUUCUUCCUACUCAAGCAAGGAUGCUGUCUUUUUGAAGCAACCCUGCAAGCAUUUUAAUAAGCUGAAUUGCUGUCCCCAAAGCAUUUCCCCUCCCAGUACUGAUUCUUGUUUCUGGCACAUGAAACACACAAUGGCUGAUGUCUUGUUUUCAGGGUGACAUCACUUCGAUCCCGGAGCUUGCCGACUUCAUUAAAGUCUUCAAGUAAGUAUUGGCUGGAAAUCCUAGGAGUGCAGCAAAGAUCAGCGAACCUUAAUGAUAAAAGUUGCAAUGCUUCUUUCCUAGAAUCUCUAGGGGCUCCCUCUGCUUGGCUUUGAAACCUGAAGCAUCCUCUACCACAUAUACUUAGGAAGUAGAUUUUUUUUAAUGUUACAGAUGGCUUAAACAUCUUAUGCACUCAGCCCCUGGAUUUAUUUUCACUGCCAGGGCUUGACAACUAAGAGUAUCUUUGAGUAUGUUUAUUAUCCAUCUAUGUGCUCAUGAAGUCCAAGACAGGCACAGUGGUACCUUGGGUUACAUACGCUUCAGGUUACAUACGUUUCAGGUUACAGACUCCGCUAACCCAGAAAUAGUGCUUCAAGUUAAGAACUUUGCUUCAGGAUGAGGACAGAAAUCAUGCUCUGGCAGCGCAGUGGCAGCAGGAGGCCCCAUUAGCUAAAGUGGUGCUUCAGGUUAAGAACAGUUUCAGGUUAAGAACGGACCUCCGGAACGAAUUAAGAACUUAACCUGAGGUACCACUGUACUGGAGUAAUAUUUCAAGCUAUGCAAUUAUAACUGCAGCUAAUCUCUGCACACUGAUCAGGUUCAUAUACUGUACUUGUGUGUGAUUUGAAGUGUAUGAAAACAUCAGUUGUGGUGAUUGAUUUGGUACCUGCAAUCCAUCCCUCAGUGCUAAAUAAAUAAUGCCAGAAUUGUACAUACGUCUGUGCAUGAAGUGACCCAUUGUUCAAAUUUAUGGGUUGGAUCCAAUGCUGGUCCUACUCAGAGUAGACCCAUUUGAAUUAAUGACCCUCAAUGAGUCAUUUCCAUUCAUUUCAGUGGUCCUGCUCUAAAUUGGGAAUAGCACUGGAUGCAGCAAAUGGCUUCCGUCUUGGAGGAUAAGAACUGCAGAAUGGUUUGAGACCCAGCAUCUUACGUUUUAGAUAUUAAAACUGGUUCAGGUCCUUUACUACUCCUUAGAUCAGUAGCUGGUGCUGAAAUGUUUUCUGUGAUGGAGUUCACUCUGGCAGCCAUCCCAGCUGUCCUAAAAUUAGGGACUGUUGCGUAGCUUGAAAUAUCACUCCAGUACCUUCCUUGGACUUCAUGAGCACAUAGAUGGAUAAUAAACAAGCUUGAUUCCGGCCAGUUUGCUCUAUUUAAGCUGCCAGAAAACAUCAGCUUUAGGCUAGCUGUGCUAUUCUUUAGUCAGAUUUAUUUUGAUUUUUAAAUAAGGCUUUUUAUUUGGAGGGGGGGGAGGAAGAGUAUUAUCUUGGAUCAGGGCAUGUGGAAACUGGAAACAGUUGUGUCUGGACUUUGACUAAUGUCUUGGCAGCCUUAGUCGUCUAUUGCAAGCUAAUACCCACCAUACUCUGGACAUGACAGGAAUUCAGGAAUUGGUUGUAUGUAUAAUAUAGUGAGGUAUGUAGAGGAAGUGGAGAACAGUUGUUUGCAAGGCGACACAUUAAAACGUGGGUUGCUUUCUGGGCUAUCGGUGGUCCCUAGGAAGUCCUAGUCAUCCUUGCAGUGGGUUAUAGGUAGCUGCUUCUCCAUCCCCACCCCGAUUCUUUUCAUGUUGUGGGGUGGGGAGACGCUGAACUGCCUUUCCCUUUCGUUUCCUGGGCAUUUCCUUUCGUUGUAAACACCAUCAGGCAACCUGAAACGUAUCAGAGAGCUGCAGUUUUAAAGUGGAAGCCAGCGUGGUGCUGGCAGAAUGUUGGAUUUAGAUGACGAGGGGAACCCGGCUUUAAACGGCCCCUUCUCUGUGAAACUUGCUGGGUGAUGUGGCAAGUUGCAUGCUGUCUGCUAAACUUAGCCCUCAGGGUUGUUGCAAGGAUAUAACAGGCUAUACACUUUUGAGUACAAUGCCCUAGAAAAAGAGUGCGCUUAAAAUCUGGCUUUUUGUUGUUGUUUUUUUAAGUGAGCAGCAAGAUUCAGAAGAAAAAAUAUCAGGCUGGGCCCACUGUAGAUUUCUCCAAAGACCAGGAAGUGUGUAUUUGGGGCAUGUGGAAUGGGUAAUCCUUCUUGCAAAUGGCCAAAAGGCCAGCAUGGGGAUGAAGUAGGACCUUGUUUGGUGCUAAAACGAAAAGCUGCACUGGAGAGCAGGAACUGGAGGCAAAUGCCUAGGCCUCUGUUGAAUCACAAGCGCAAUAAGAAUAAACAGCAGCAACAGCAGCUGGCAAACAUCCUGCCUUCCAAGAAACCUAUCCACGUUGAUUUAUUACUCAAGCAGUUUCUGCACAACUGCAGCAGGGUUCUGGAAUCUGCUGCUACUUUGCCUCGAGUGCUCUGGCUUGUGAGGGGCCUAGUCAUUGCCAGCCCAUGCGGAUUACAAAAAACCCACAGCUGAGUUGCACCACAUAUUACAGGGUAGGAUUCAUCAACCUGGUGCUCCUCUGCUCUUUUUGGACUACAACUCCCAUUUGCCCCAGCCAGCAUGGCUGUUGGGAUUUGCAGUCCAAAAUAGCUGAGGGGUAUCCGGUUGAUGGAGCCUGGAAAAUGCAGUUCAACACCUGACUAUAGCUAUGUGUUGCAGGGGAAGUUCAGUAACUGCAGAUAUAGAGGUAUUUGCUUGCUUGCUUGCCCCAGUCACUCUGGGCAGCUGCCAACAAAAAAUAGUAAAAACACAACACAACAUCUCACACUAUGACUUAGAAUCGCAGAGACUUAGAAUUGUAGAGUUGGAAGCGACCCCAAUGGUCAUCUCGUCGUCUUCUGUGUGAGCUGGUACUUUCACACAUGCACACUGAGGCUUAUGCUGAUGCGUUCCCCUCCAAAAAAUAAAAUAAAGAAGGUGGGUAGAAAAGAAUAUCAAGUCAAUGGGGCAGCUGCAUGGUUGACCAUUCAUAUGGAAGCCCCAGUUGGCAUGGGAUGGUUAUCUGUAUGUAAGCAGGCAAGCUCAUACCAUUCCUCUAUCACAUAAUUCAGCAUUGGUUCCUGAUGAAAAUAUGAGCCAUGGCAAUGUGUCCCUUUUGUAUACAUUAAGCCUGCAACUUAGCCAGUGGUUCCAUUCUGGGGAUUGCGCCUAAAACCAAAAAUUGCUCAUACUCAAAAUAUAUUGGGUUCAGUGGUGGGUGGCCAAGGUUGUUUUUUUCUGAGACCCUCCUCCAUUUUUUGUUCUUGUUUUUUGCUGUGUGCAUAAAGCUGAAUAAAGCACAUAAAGUGAAAUGCGGGCUUUCUGUAAUCUUCACAGGAACGGUGGGAGCCAUCAUACACAGUUAGGCGGAGGUUAUCAUUCUGCCACCAUUUCAGAUUUAGUUUCUGGAGAUCGCUCUUGAACUUGAGUUGCAUGUGAUACAUGCUGGGUGCAAACAUGGUUUUUCCUCAUAUUCAUAUUAAUUGCUAACAGGCCAAAGAAGCUGACGCUGAAGGGUUACAAGCAGUACUGGUGCACCUUCAAAGACACAUCUAUUUCCUGUUACAAGAGCAAGGAAGAAUCCAAUGGGACUCCGGCUCACCAGAUGAAUUUGAGAGGUAAGAAAAGGCAAGCAGGGUUUUUCUAAAAUAGUUUUUCGAUUGGGUUUUUUCAGAGAAUUGAGGAAUAUAGUCAAACAAAACAGAAAACACCAUAAUAAAACAAAGCAAUACUUUCUGUGUGUACAUUUAUAGCGGGGUGGGGCGGAGAUGGGGGGAAUGUGGCUGGCAGUCAGGGAAUACAUGCAAUUUUGGUAUACCUCUUCCCAUUUCACCUCUAGUGCUGCAUUUGUGGUUCGUUUGUUUGUUUUUAAAUUCUGCAGCACUUAAAUAAAAGUGAUCAAGGUGUCUUUGCUUGCUACCUAGAUGGGCAGAAGAACCCUGGUCCGAGCAAGGGCAUAAACAUUCCUUUUUGCUUGUCAUGCAAUAUCAUCCCACUGGGAGAUCCGUUCAGCAGCUACUUCACCCCUCUGUCAUGUCAUACUGUUUUGUUGGAGGCAGGGAAGAGGCCGUCCUGAAGGCUGUCAGAAUUGAUGAAAGCUACGUUGGCCAUUGUGCCACAUUAAUAACUUUUAGAGGGUUUAGUUGGCUCAUGGGGUAGAAUAGCAUGGCUGUGUCCCCAUUUCCCAAGCAUGCUUGCUACUGCUUUAUCUGCCACAAACAAACCCUUGUAUGUCUGGCUGUAACAAGCAGAGUCCCUACAGAAUGUUCUGCUGCUGGUCUGAAAGCAAGACUUCAUUCUGCAUAAGUAAAUUAGAGAGAGAGAGAGACUUUAUCUGUUCUUAUUUCUAUCUCUGUCAGGAAAAGGGGGAAUCAUAAUCAUAAUCAUAAUGCAAUAUGUAUGCUCCCAAAUUAACUACGUAAAGGGUAAAGCAAAUUGCAAUGAGGAGCUUUUAGAAGAGAUGAGAAAAAACAAAUUUUUGAGAAACAAAAUCAGUGCUACUUUGUCUAAUCAGAACUAAGCUAUUUUAUUAUCUAAUAGCAUUUCCUGGUUUUAAGCACCCCCCCAUCCCUUUAAGUAUGCAGAGACAUUUAUUCAGAUACCAUUUGCAAGGAAUUUCUGCUGCAUCUGACAUUCCUAAGACUACCAGCUCUGCUUGUAUUCAGCAGUAAAGUAUUCCAGCUUGGAGGGUUGUGAAACAGGCAUGGCUGACAUCCUUUUAAAAAAAAAAGCCUUUGAGGCAGAAAUGGAGAGAGGCUGCCAAAUGACCUCAGACUAUAGCUACGAGGAUGUGUUCUGGGGAAGGGAAGCCUGGAAUACCUUUUUGGGAGCUUUUGAACAAAGCUGCUGCUGCUGACUGAAUUUUAAAAGAAUUCUUUAGGAGGAGCUGAAAAAGGACUAAAAUUGCAUUCACUGCUUCCAAGAAAAGCGAUUCCUUUUAAGAAUCACACUGCUUCCAUCUCUAGAGGAGGGUUGUGUUAAAAGCUGCAGCCCUGAAGGUGGUGCCCACAUUCAUCAAGAUCCACCUGCACAUUGGGGUAUUCUCACCAUUUCAGAUAAGGGACACGGGUGGCGCUGUGGGUUAAACCACAGAGCCUAGGACUUGCCGAUCAGAAGGUCGGCGGUUCAGAACCCCGUGACAGGGUGGGCUCCCGUUGCUCGGUCCCUGCUCCUGCCAACCUAGCAGUUUGAAAGCACGUCAAAGUGCUAGUAGAUAAAUAGGUACCGCUCCAGUGGGAAGGUAAACAGUGUUUCCGUGCACUGCUCUGGUUUGCCAGAAGUGGCUUAGUCAUGCUGGCCACAUGACCCGGAAGCUGUAUGCCGGCUCCCUUGGCCAAUAAAGCAAGAUGAGCGCUGCAACUCCAGAGUCAGCCACGACUGGACCUAAUGGUCAGGGGUACCUUUACCUUUACCUUUACACCAUUUCAGUAGUGUUCGCCCCACCCCCCCAGCACUGAUUAAAACAGUGUUUUAAGUUCUCAAAUUUGAACAUUAGCAAUAGCAGAGAAAAUUGCACAUAAAAUCCAGGGUAUGCAAGAAAAACUACAAGCAUUUUACGCCACCUGGCAGAACUUUAUUCCAUAUGCAUCCAGCAAAGACUUACGAAAAGGACACAACAGCUGUGGACAUUUGGCAAUUUUAAUGUAUGCAGCUGGAACUUUUUGUGGCUUGAAGAAGUCAUGCUGUACCUUGUAUAUAUAUUGCAUUGGUCCUUUUGCUGUAUUUCUCCCCUUCCCUUUCCUGUGUUUUUGUACUGCAUUCUUUUUCUUUUGGAUAAAUAAAAUUAAAAAUAAGCAAACCUCACUUUUGAGAUCAAAAGGUGGGGGUAGGGCAUCCACGUCAGAGACUGGAGUGUCUAAGCAGGCUCACCUGCCCGCCCCCCUUUUCCUUCACAAGUGGUCGAAUAAUAGUCCAUUCUUACGAAUAUUAGGCCAUUAUUAUGAAUAAAGGUUAAAGGUACUCCUGACCAUUAAGUCCAGUCGCGGACGACUCUAGGGUUGCGGUGCUCAUCUCGCUUUACUGGCUGAGGGAGCCGGCGUUUGUCCGCAGACAGUUUUUCCGAGUCAUGUGGCUAGCAUGACUAAACUGCUUCUGGCAAAACCAGAGCAGCACGCAGAAACGCCGUUUACUUUCCCGCUGGAGCGGUACCUAUUUAUCUACUUGCACUUUGACGUGCUUUCGAACUGCUGGGUGUGCAGGAGCUGGGACCGAACAACAGGAACUCACCCCAUCACAGGGAUUUGAACCACCGGCCUUCUCAUCGGCAAGCCCUAGGCUCUGUGGUUUAGACCACAACGCCACCCGCGUCCCAUACUAUUAUGAACAGUAGGCCAUUAUUAUUUUGCUCUGUGCUUUCCACCCUGCCUCAGUUUCAUUCACAGCUGCCUCUGUGUCCAAAUGGGAAUCCAGGAACGAGUCGUUCCAUCCCUUCCCAUGAUCGUUAUCUGCUAAUAGCGAACCCAAAACCAGACUUCUUCCUGCGUCGUGUAGUGUAACACAUUUUAUCUACCCCCACAUCCUUAUGCAGAGUAUAAAACCUUGCUCUUUUUUAUUGUAGGGUGUGAGGUGACUCCUGAUGUCAACAUCUCUGGCCAGAAGUUCAACAUCAAACUUCUGAUCCCCGUGGCUGAAGGCAUGAAUGAAAUUUGGCUCCGUUGUGAUAACGUAAGUUUGCAUCAUGGGGAUUUGUCACAAGGUAGCUACUGCACGUGCUUAUUUGUGAAGAGUGAGUAGGGGGUGAGCGCUGCAGGGCUCUCCUGGGAACCACAAAAUUAUGGGACUGGCUGGCCCUGCAUAUGGAGCCUUAUGGACUUGGAGGCAGUGUUACCAAGGGUACUGUAGCACCCACUUUAUUUUAUGUGCGGUUUGCUUGCAGGUGCAUUUGUUUCUUUGAACCAACUGAAAACAGGCAGCUGAAACACCAAAACAACAGUGCCCUUGAGAGUCAGUAUCCAAGGCCUAUCUGAACAGAGUGGUUUUGUCUGUAGGCCUUUGAGGGAAGGGGUUAAGCAGGCCUCCUCAAGAGAGGGAAUUCCAGAACCUGGACACCACCAACAGUGAGGCCUUGUCCUCAGUGGCAGGCCACAAGAUCAGAGCCUCCCACAGAAGUUUUUAACAGGUGGGAAGAAUCAUAGGGAACAGGCGGUCCUUUAGAUAGCCUGGGUCCAAGCCCUGUAAGGUGUUUAAGGUGACAAAUGUUCACUGUGUGGCUGCCAGCAAAAACCUGAGGACAUUUCUCAGUGCUGACCCCAUCCCUGGCAGCAAGAGCCAGUGAAGUGAAACAGUGGCAAAAGCAUUUUUUUCGCAAUUUAGCAGAAGGAAGGGAAGUAACUAAAGGUGGCUUAUUUUCAGCUGCACAUUUAGUGGGUCUCUUUAUUCCAUAUCCCGUAGUAGUUUGCCAAUCGUGUACUAAAGGAUUCAUAUUUAACUAUAUACCUCAGGAUAGUUGCACCAGCCCCCAGUUACAAUUUCACCUCAGCCGUGAACUGUGCUGGGUGGCCAUAAACAAGCCCCCAAUUUUAUAUAUGUUUCUCUCCCACCCACAACCCACAAUAUGGAGGUGAAAAUAAAGGGUUGCAAAGGUGCACAGAUGCGGUGUUCGAAUUCAGCAUUCAUUGGGACUUAAUUCCAGCACAACUUUACGAAACAGAAUGCCACAAUAUUUCUGCAAGAUGAGCCCUUUUGUCUCCUUUCUUAUGGUUGGUUAUCCUGCAAAUGCAUUUGGUGUUAAGUUUGGCUUACCGUGAAUGUACCGAGAAUUUCGGGCCUGGAAUUGUCAGAACCAGAAUGAAAUGAAGCGAAGGCUGCAGCCUAAUGGGCACCUCCUUUUCCUUUCAAACUGCAGGAGAAGCAGUAUGCACACUGGAUGGCAGCUUGCCGGCUAGCCUCCAAGGGCAAAACCAUGGCCGACAGUUCAUACAACUUGGAAGUUCAGAACAUCCUGUCUUUUCUGAAAAUGCAGCAUCUGAACCCAGACCCACAGAUAAUUGCUGAGCAGGUCACCACGGACAUCAACCCUGAAUGCCUGGUUUCCCCUCGAUACCUGAAGAAGUAUAAAAACAAGCAGGUACUUAACUUUGGAGUCUUAUUUUGCUGGAGCCUUUGUCCAGAAAACAAGGUGGGUGGAGUUCCAAAUACACCCAAAGGAUCGUUUCCUCCACUUUGGACCCGCUUCCUUAUGCUGGCCAUCUCAAUAUUGGACAUAAGAUUGUAAGGUCAUUGGGGGAAAGACACUCUCCUUCGCUGUGUUAUGGUGAAGCCAAGCAUUGUGUGCACUGAUGACACUGAAAAAUCUAGGUGGUUUUAAAAAAAAUGGUAUAAAAAGACUGUGUUUCCUAUCUGCUGUUUCCUUAAUGCACCUUUGAAGAUGGAGUGGGGAGUCUGCUUUGUGUUCAUAAUUACAGUACUGGUGAUCAUUCCAGAUUCAUUAGCAUGGUGUACAGAGGUGUGUGAUCUGUUUGUCAACUUCCCUGUGCUUUGGAGAGAGGUCGUGCCUGUUUCCACUAGUGGGAAUUGUUCAGUUGCUUGAGAAGUGGUGGGUGGUGAGCAUGUAACUUCACACGUUCAGUUCAGGCUGUCUGCCUCUGAUGUGUUUUUCUCUUGUUCCUGCCCACUCCAAACCAGAAUUUAAGAAAUCUCUCUCCACCUGUAGUCUCUAUCCUACCAGUUUCAGGUCUGACGCUGUCGAAAUAAAAAUUAAAAAAUGCCAGUAGCACCUUAGAGACCAACUAAGUUUGUUCUACAGUGGUGCCUCGCAAGACGAAAUUAAUCCGUUCCGCGAGUCUCUUCGUCUUGCGGUUUUUUCGUCUUGCGAAGCACGGCUAUUAGCGGCUUAGCGGCUAUUAGCGGCUUAGCGGCUUUAAGAAAAAGGAAACAAACUUGCAAGAACUUGCAAGACGUUUCGUCUUGCGAAGCAAGCCCAUAGGGAAAUUCGUCUUGCGGAACGACUAAAAAAAUGGAAAACUCUUUCGUCUUGCGCGUUUUUCGUCUUGCGAGGCAUUCGUCUUGCGAGGUACCACUGUAUGUAUAGAAAUGUGCAUGCACAUGAAAGCUUAUACCCAGAACAAAUUUAGUUGGUCUCUAAGGUGCUACUGGACAAUCUUAUUUUUUAAAAAAUUGCCCUACCAGUGGAAAAAGAAGUAUUGUUUGCAUUUCCCUUUAAGGAGGCUCUUUGAACACUCCCCUCCCCCUGCCCCAGAAAGAGCAGUUCACCCUCCCUCUUUCUACUCCCACUCCCUCCUGACUUUUUACAGAGUACCUCUUAAUUAUUUUAUGGCUUUUUUAUUGGUUUUCUACAAAAUAUGAACAGAACAUUAAGUUUACCCCAUUUCCCCCACUCCCCCCAGAACAGAAGAUUUAGUGUGCCUGAUUUUGCCAUAAACCUAUGUGCGUAGUUGGUGGGCGCCAGUUCAUUCAAAUGUUUUAUAUUAUAAAUGGGCGCUGUAUUUCAGGGGAAUCAUCGGAUGAGGUGUUCAAGGCACGAACUCUUCUCGUCCGUUUUUCAGAUAAGGCCAAACAUUCUGUCCCCAUCUUGUGAUAUGCAAUAGGUGUUCAAGUCCUCUCCAGUUCUGUGCUAGGAGUAGUCGUGCUGCCACCAGGAAAAGAAAGUGAUGAGCUCCUUAUAACGUAAAUUGAGCUGAUCUUCCUUAAAUAUUCUUAGUAAACCCAGACUUGGAUUCUAUUGCGCAUUCUGAUUUGUAUGGAAUUGUCCUACCAACUGCCUUGCAUCCUCUCCAACACCGUGGUGAAGAUGUUUUGUCUAUGUAACUGAUUCUUAAAGCAGUUAAUUGCCAUCUAUAAAUUUACUUAAAAGCUACCUCUUAAUAUUUGAUGGCUUUAAAAACAAUUAGGAUGUUUCAUUAAUGCUGCUUAAUUGUGCCUUUGAUCUGGGAUUAAUCAUUUAAAUCUGCAAAGCAAACAAUCUUAAUUUGUUUUGUUCAGGCUGUUGUUAAAAAGUGACCAAACUUUGGAAUUUGCUGAAUGAAGGAUUUGGUUAUCUUGAGCAGCGCUACCUGGAAAUUUUAUUCAGCCAGCAUAGCAAAACAAAACAAAAAAUAAUUUUUGGCCAAUAUAUUUCCGCUUAAACAAGUUUGACCCCAUGGAUGUUGAUAGAAUCAAGUGAUCUGAAGUGGAAAUAAGUAGAUCAUAACUGGCAUAGUCAGGUCUAGAAUGAAAGCUAUGGCUGGCAGAAUAAAUCAGCACUAGGAUUUGAUUUAGCUCAGUUUACAAAGUCUCCUUCUGAACAUGCUUGGGCUGCCUUACAAACUCUGUUUUUCAAAGGCUUGGUGGGGAAAACACAGGAAUUGAAUGAAUUCAACAAAACGUUUUUGUUGAAUUCGUAUAUUCAAUUCCUGUGUUUUCCGCAACAAAGCCAAACUGGCUUCGGAGUGUUUAGUAGCAUUAUAAGUUGUGUCCUGCAAUAACUGAAACGAGCACCAAAACAUGUGACUCAGUGCUGCUGCAGUCACGUGUAAGUUUUGGUGUAACUCCUUGAUUGACACUUGUGACUGUUAAUGUUUGUGUGCCACCACACAAUUGCUCUUUGGUGCCCUAGCAAAACGGUUGAGCAGUGUAUCCAUUUACUCAUUUAUUUAGACCAUUUCCAUACCACUUAAUACCUCUAUAAGUGGUGCACAGAAAAUUAAAACAUGCUGUGGUCCUCGUACAUCUUCCGUGGUGGGUUAUUUCCCCAUUUCAACUUUAAAUGCUUGACAUUCCUACCACUGGAAGGGAACACUUCCAAGAAGUGUGUUGUGCUUUUGGAGCUCUCAGCUAUGCAUGAUUCAGAACAGGGUGUACAGGGCAGCUUCCCUUUCCCCAACCUGCUGCCCUCCAGAUGUUUUCAACUGCAACUCCCAUCAAUCUUAGCUGGCACAGUUACGCUGAUGGGAAUUGUAGUACAAAACAUCUGGAAGACACCAGGUUGGAGGUGGUUAGGAUUAAGGUAACAGAAGGCAUGGGGGUGGGUUGCAGACAGCCUGUUUAUUACCUGGGCAGUGCAGCAGAAGUUUUUAUAAUGUUCACUUGGAGGAUUUUUUUGAAAUUUAAUUACAGAGGAAAGUUGCUUACUGUUCUUGAAUUGCAGGGCAGCCUCUGUGUGUCAAAGAGGGGAGAUACCAUCCAGAAAAACUGGGGGUGGGCAGAUCCCUUCCUUUGGCACAGUGCUGACAACCUGUAUAACUUUCAUUUAUUCUCUGAAAGAGCCAUUAUACCCAGCAUGGCGAGAGCGCAUGUAAUGAAAUUAUGAUUUAUUUGUUUUUAAAAAUGAUCUUUGAAGCAUGCAAGAGGGCACAGACCGGGGCGGGGGGGAGGAGAAACAACUCUUGCAUUGAUGUAGCUUGUGCAUUAAGAAGUGAUGUUGUGGGUAGCAGGAGAGGUGGGGGGCAGGAUAAAGUGUACCCAUUCUGACCAUCAAAGGUUCCCUUGAUGUGGAAAUGGAUCGAGUGGAGAAGCAGGAGGGGCUUUGGUUAAGGAAAACUGGCUAGAGGUGUGGACUUGUAUUUUGUUAGCAUUGCCUUCCUUGGAUUGCUUAGAUCUGGGAGGCUGCACAGGGAUGUCGUGUGAUGUGUUGUUGGUGGAACGAAGGAAAUGCUGCCCUUGUGGAAUUUGUAGAAUGCAGGGAGUAAGUGGAGAGCAGGGAGAGCUGCUGCUUCUGAAGUAGCAAUCUGUUGAUCUAUGAAUCUACAGCAGCCGUGGACUCGUCACAUGCCAGGUCUCUUUCCACUGCUCUGAGCAGGACUGGUUUCCACUACGGAGCUCCACGCUUUACAGUGCGAAGUUCAGCUGCCACACUUGAAAUAGACAGCAAGCUCUAGGAAUCAAAUUCUUGACAGGAAUGUAGGAAUCUGCCUUAUAUUGAUUCAGACCAUUGAUCCAUCUCACACAGUAUUGCUGUCUGCACUGACUGGCAGCAGCUCUCCAGCAUUUUAGGCAGGAAAUCUGCCCUGCCCUGCCCUGAGAUGCUGGGGCCAAGGCUCUGCUACUGAACUGUGUCUCUUCUAGCAUUGUGCUGUCUGCUCUGACUGGCAACAGUUCUCCACACAGGACUCUCCCUGCCUGCCUGACUCUACCUGAGAUUGCAUUUCAACUGGAGAUGCCGCCAGGUGUUGGGCCUCGGAAAGGGAGCCUUUUUCCCACGAGCCCUUUUGCAAAAUGGAGGUAAGGUAAAGGUAAAGGGACCCCUGACCAUUAGGUCCAGUCGUGGCCGACUCUGGGGUUGCGGCGCUCAUCUCGCUUUAUUGGCCAAGGCAACCUGCGUACAGCUUCCGGGUCAUGUGGCCAGCAUGACUAAGCCGCUUCUGGCAAACCAGAGCAGCGCACGGAAACGCCGUUUGCCUUCCUGCAUUACCUAUUUAUCUACUUGCACUUUGACGUGCUUUUGAACUGCUAGGUUGGCAGGAGCAGGGACCGAGCAACGGGAGCUCACCCCGUUGCAGGGAUUUGAACCGCCGACCUUCUGAUCGGCAAGUCCUAGGCUCUGUGGUUUAACCCACAGCGCCACCCGCUUCCCUACAAAAUAGAGGUAGUUCUUGGCAAAAAGACAUCUGGUGAAAAGUGCCAACGGGGGUGCAGAGUUUCCCCCAUAUUUAGUUGAAAUAGGAUCUCUUCCUCUUACCUAUAGAAGUUGUUGUUGCCAUUCAGAAUUCAUAUUGUGUGCCAGCUCAUUGCUUCUGAGUGCUCAGUCAGGUGCAGUCCUCUGCCCUGGCCAACCACAGCAGAAUAUAUGGACAGACUUGGUUGGGGGAAAUGGAAGGGCUCCUUUUUGUGUGUGAUGUUAGAUCUGUGGUGGUUCAGUGAAACAUUCAAAUCAUUCCAUGAUGCUGCAGCAACCCAGUGGUUAGCACUUGAUGUUCUGGUGGCACUGCACUGCUUAAGUACUUCUAGGUUUCUUGAUAGUUUUGCAAGCAAUUUUUCACUGUCUGCCAAAUAUAAGCUGUGCCUGAGUAUUCCUGACUGCAGAAGAAGAGUGGAAACAGGAAACCCUCUUCCCAUUUUACCUUUCCUUUCACAUUUGCUAGAGGAGAGGAGCUGGUGCUCUCAAACUGCAGGUGGCCUCUUAUUUCACUACAGCCGCCACGCCAGAAACAUGCUGGAGAUUGCUGCUUGUUUGCAUGUGAUUCGGGUAACUUGCAUACAUUCAGCAACUGAGCUGUACACACUCAAAGCAACAGUUCGUUAUGCUGCAGUACUUGAUUCUUUUUGCUCAGAAAACAAAAGUUCAUUCCAUGGAUCUGGAGAUCAGGAGCUGCAGAAAACACAGUUUAACUUGCGCUUCUUUUUUUCUCGCUCUCCAGUCUGAGAUGAUAAUCCUGCAUUUUUAUUUUGGUUUGCUGACUUGUUUGCCAUUCCAUUUUUCAUCAACUCGGUCAGCUAAAAGCUUGCCUUAGAAGACAGGGUGAAAAUCUUCCAAGAUUCUGUGGGCUGUGGAAGGUCGUCCCAUGGCUGAGUCUCCAUUCUCUAGGACAGCCUUCUGCAACCUGCCGCCCUCCAGGUGCUUUGGACUGUCAUCUGCCCCAGCCAGCCCUGGGUUGCUGCAGUUCAAAGUACCUGGGGAACCCCUGGUCUCGCUGCACUCCUUUUUGCUCCCUUCUUCAUGCUUGUGCUCAUUUCCUGCUGCUUUUCACCCCAGGACAGUUGUUCGUGGUGAAAGGUUUUGAGUUUUUGUUUUGUUUUAAUUGAUUUGAACGACAAUUGUUGAUAAUUUGCACAUUUUCCUCCCUUUGCUUUGUUGCCAUAUUUCUGAUUUGCCUCUUUUUUUUCUGCUUCCUUUUCUUUUCUUCGCAUUUGCCUUCUGCAGCCAGGCUAUAUAAGAGACUUGGUAAGUGACAGUAAACAUAAAAUAAAUAAGCACUUAAAAGACUUUGCUGUGUUGUGAAUAUAUGCUUAAAAGCAGGGAAGGGGCUCUCAGAGAUGCGCUAUAAGAAACGUAGCGUGUGUUGACUUGCAAGCGCUUCCGUGUGGUGUUAUGCUAUGUCACGGCAUACGAGUAAACGAGAAGCAACAGGCGGAGAUUCCCCACCCUUCCAUCUCUCCUUCUGCCUGCUUUCCUCUGGGACAAGGGUGUGCUGUGUUUUGUACGUGGCUACUCUUGUGUCUCCUCCUUUGCUUUCUGGCACUAACACCAGGAAAUGCACUAGUAAUGGCAGAUCAAUAAAGGGCUUAGAUACCAGCAAUAAUGAAAUAGAGCCUCCACAUUCAGAGAAAGUGUAGCCCUAAAAUAAGCAGUCGACCGGAAGACAAAACAGGGAAUGGUGGGCUUUCUGAAAGCAUCUGGCUUUCCAUCGUUGGAAACAGGGCACUGGGCUGGAUAGAAAUUCUGAUCUGGCAAGGAUGCUCUAAUGGUCACGCAUUCUAGCUUAGGGGUGAGCACCUGCCAAGUCAAUGAGCCGUGGAAAAAAGGAGACCUCUUAAUGCAGCUGCUCUCGCUGAUCCCUCUCGUGACUUCUGGCUUCCAGGAGACAGGGAGAGAGUUACGGAUAGGCAGCAACCCUGAUGGUGCACUCUGUUCCCAUAGCCCAUUGCUUGCACAGUGCUCCUGCUGUCCCUUCUCUUCCUUAAUAGUAGCAAUAAAUAAAUCAAGUGUUUAAACAACUAGGUGCUGCACGGCCAUUAAGAACAACGAAGCAGAUGGCCAGGCCUACAGGCUUCUGGUCAAACACAUAAAAUAAGAAACAAGGAAAAUGCGAGACCGCGGAGGUGAUGGAAAGUUAGCACUUCCUGGCCAGACAUUCAUGCCGAGCAGCUACCCAUGGCGUUGCCAAGUGCGGGGACUAAAUGUGCAUGUGCUCCCUUUUGGCUCUUGGCCCUUGCCAGCCCAGCUCUGAGCGAAGCCGUCAAGCACCUGUAAUAGCUCUGCGGUGGCAGGCGGGUUGUAUGCGGAGAAAGCACUUUGCCAGUUGCCGCUGGUCACUCGAAGGCCUUCUUUGCAAGUGAGCAGAAGAUUUCACUGCUGCAUUUAAUGCCCCUCUGGAUGAAUGAAGAAUGCAUAUUCUAGAAUGGGGGAGGAAGAAUGAGCAGCCUUGUUUCCUUCGCUCAGCAUCCUCCCCCACCAGCUUCUUCGGCAGCGCAUUUGUGACCUUUGCUUUUGCUAACAUGCUUGGUUUUUAAAAACUGCAAAUCCUUCCAACGAAGACUUAACCGGGGGCGGACAAGGAAGGGAAAAGGACCAAGAACCUCAGUGCGGGAGAGACAGAGCAGCUGAGAACUCUGGUUCCUGGAAGCGUUGCCUGUUUUUUUAAAUCCAGAGACGUCUGCAGAGGCUGCCUACUUUUUCCUCACUCUUUUUCCACAUUCAAAAGGAUUAGAAAAAAUGUUUAAUCAUAAAAAAAUAAAAGGUAGCUGAGACAGCCAGGGUAUACUUGUCAUUUUUCACUAGCUAAUUAAUUUGGGGGCAUUUUUUUCUUACUUGCAUGUAACUGAUAUUGCCCAUCACCCAUUUGCGGGUAUGUAUCAGUGCACAUGAAACCAUCCCUGGCCCAUUUCUUCCUUUUUGGGGGAGGAAGAGAAUCUGGCCCUGCACAAUCCCAUGUGCCUUUGCGUCUCCCAAGGCGCGCUCCCUUUCCCACCACUUGAUAAAUGGGUGCACAGCUGUUUCUGUGAAUGUUCAGGGUUGUUAAAAAUAAUGAUAAUCAGAGCAGCUCACAUUUUCAAGAUACACAUCACGCAGAAAAACAUCCUCAGAGAUCAGUAUUUACAAGAUAUUUGCAGGAGCACAGUUGCAAGUUUAAGCGCAGGCGAGAAACUGCAGGGGCAUGUUGGGGUCAUUUUAAUAAACCUUCUCCUCUGUCCCCCCUCCCUUUGUACAGCUCUCUGCAUUUUGUUCCCUUCUUGCCACUGUCAAUGCGGAGUAUCAACUCUCUGUGUUGCUGCCCUACAGAUCACGGCCCGGAUCUUGGAGGCCCAUCAGAACGUCGCCCAGAUGAGUCUCAUUGAAGCCAAAAUGAGAUUUAUACAAGCUUGGCAGUCCCUCCCAGAGUUCGGCAUCACACACUUCAUUGCAAGGUCUGUGCAGUUAUCCACCAAAAACAUCAAUGUGCAGGUGUGAGAGAUGGGGAUGGCAAGUUGGGUAUAUGGGCUUCUUCAGUUACCGGGUUAUGCCUACUCAUUGCCCAUAAGAACGUGGAACUGGGAGCAUAACAAUAUAAACCUGCUCUUGAGUUGUCUCACUGGGAUUUAGGCAGAGGGAAAGAGUGCUUUGCACAAUCACGAGUAAAGGUUUUCCCUACCCUGAAACUUAUUCUUCUACACUGCCUUUCCAAAGUAAGUCACCGAAACCCAAUUCCUGGCAACGAAAACAGCUGAAUAAAAAGCAAUACAGAGCAGUAAAAAAUCUGUUAGACUGAAUGUAAACAUAGGACAGUAUUUCCAAAGUGCUGGCGGGGGGAGGGGGGAUGUACUGAGCCACAUGAAAACUGCUAGUGUACACAAGAUCCAAAUCUACAGAUGAAACUGCUCCCAAAGUGCCCACUCCUUACAGGUAUCCUUGCCUGCUGCAUCUUGCCAUUAUUUUACUUCUCCAGAUUUACCACCUUCGUGGCCUCUUGUGGGCCACCUGAUUCCGCCCUGCUUCUGCAUUGGCUAUAACAGGGCCAUUCAGUUGUUCCUCAUACAGCGAUGCUGAGUAGUGUCCACCUCUUGGAGGAGGCUACCCGUUGUGCUCAUGCAUGAGUCAGUGCAGAAGGCUUGCUUUGUUGCCUUCGGGAGCCAUGCUUCAUAUAGUCGUAACUCAUGGCACAGUAAGUGCAGCAAACAGCCCAAGGAGCGGGCUUCUCAAGGAGAAGCAGUUAGUACUUUAUCACUGUUAGACACUUUUGGAAAGAAUGAGAUGUUGAUGUAAAAGUGUUUAUUUAUACAACUUGGACCCCUCAGGUUCCAAGGGGGCAAGAAGGAAGAACUUAUUGGGAUCGCCUACAACCGGCUGAUACGGAUGGAUGCAAGCACCAGCGACGCUAUCAAGACAUGGCGGUUCAGCAACAUGAAACAGUGGAACGUGAACUGGGAAAUAAAAAUGGUAAGCAAGGCGUAGAGUUCUCUAGGCAUGCGGAAGGUCAGCAAGAGACACUGUCUCCAUUCAGUGACACAUGGCAGUCAGGCCACAAAACCUGCGAUCUGAAGCAGAACCAGUGAGGGAUGUGGCCUUAGAACAGAGGGUGUGGGACCCGGGGAAAAUUCUGAGGGCCAAAAUAUAUCCUAAAGAACUUCAGAUGGUUUACACACUUUGAUUAUACAUUGAAGACGUUAAAAAUGGUGGCAUGUGACCAACUGAAUUAGCAAUCGAUGAUCUCAGCAUUUGACUAGGUUGUCUUAUUGAAGGAUAUGACAUUCACUUGAUAAGGAAACACUGGCUGGUGAAAGACUGUGGCUAUCUAAGAUCUUUCCAUUCUGUCAGUCAGAUGGGAUAUGUAGCCAUAUGAAUAGCACUAACCAUAGUUCCUUGAUUCAGUCGUCAGGGCAAACUCUGGUUAGAGAAGUGGUGGCUAGCCUUUAGCUUCCUGCAUGUUGUUUGGCUACAGAUCCCAUCAUCCCUGGAAGCUAGUCGUGCCGCCUGGGGCUUCUGAGAAGUCCAGCAACAUUGUCAGAGCCGCAAAUUAAACCACCUGGUUUUGACAAAGCUGAGGAAGGAAAUGACAUGUAAGAGGGGAGGGAUCACAUGUAUUUUUCCUGUAUUUUUAGUCCUCUCAGCCUUGGUUGGGAGAAUCAUCUGGAUUGUUCUGCAGCGGAUAAAAUAUUGGACCUUGGACAGGGAGGCCGGGGUUCAAAUUCCUGCUAGCCAUGGAGCUGUGUGAUUUUGAGUCAGUCAGUCUCUGCCUAGCCUACUUUAUGGGGAUGUUGUGGUGACAGAACGGAAUAAUUCCUGUGUACACUCAGGGGCGGAGGAAGGGGGGUGCAGUGGGCUGCCCCAGGUGUCACCACUGGGGGGGGGUGACAAAAUGCCAGGCAGCACUCACCGCGGGGCCUGCAGCGCGUCCAAGCCACCACAUCUGAGAGAUAUGGUGGCUUGGGUGUACACAGGCUCCACACUGCCUGCUGCCUCCCCACCAGCUGUAGGGCAGAUGAGUGGGAGGAGGCAGGCAGACUCGUUGAAGGCCCCGCGGAACGCCCCGCCCCAGGUGCCUGAGCAGCUUCCUCCACUGUUGUAUGCACUCCUCUGGGCUCUUCGGAGGAAUUUGGAUAGGUGUGAGUUAAGUGGCAGUGUUGUCAUGAAGGGCCCUUGGGCACCACCAUUUAGGCUGGCACAAAGUUUUGUGUUUGCCUUGCACUUUCAGGUAACAGUAGAAUUUGCCGAUGACGUCCGAGUGUCCUUCAUCUGCACCGAAGUGGAUUGCAAAGUGGUGCACGAGUUCAUUGGCGGCUACAUUUUCUUGUCAACGCGUGCGAAAGACCAGAACGAAAGCUUAGACGAAGAGAUGUUCUACAAACUGACCAGUGGCUGGGUGUGAGUCGGAUGAGACCUCCCGUUGUACUGACAGAAACUCAACGGCCAUAUUAAUAUUUAACUUCAACAGCUGUUAUCUGAAAUAUGCUGCUUAAUCAAGUUAAGCUUGAAGUGUAUCUUUACUCUUUAAUAUCAUGGAAACUUUUGCAUUAGCAGACCAGUUUGUAUGUGCACUAAACAGCACUUCCGUUAAUCUGCUAGAGCAAGACAAUAACACGAACCGUGUAACGCUGACGCUUGUGCCUCUCGCUCCCACGCCCCUCCCCUGCCCCACCUCAGCCAGACAGUGGGGCCUGGUCAGGUUAAUUUCUGACAGAUGUAAGCUAACCAAAUCAAUAAACACCUCUAAGCCAUCUUAACUAUAAAGAUACCCAGGGCCUAAUCUAUAUGAAGUCUAUUUAUCAUGGUUAAUGCAUGUUUUGUGAGUUUUUAAUAAAUAAAUAUAUAUAUAUAUAUAUUGUAAAAAUUGACAUCCAUGUGUCAACACCCCUCCUACUUUUAGAAGUAGCAUUUAUUUUUUUUUGGUGUGCAAUCCAGGAAGCCCUCUUUGCUGCCCCUCUUUCCCCAUUCGUUUCGUUGGGGUUUUGCGCAUGGGUGCCUCAUGUGCAGCAGUGGUGCUUGGCGGACUCUGUCCUUUGGCCCCUUAUUUUUCGCACUACGUAAAUCAGGUCCAUUGCAAGGAUCUGGAGCUUUUUACAAAAACAAUCAUGCGUGGCCUUGAAAAAUACUCCCUUCGUUAGGUUUUAAAGCGUAUCUGUUAUAACUUCGUUUCCUUUUGAUAAUCAUUUAUAUAUAUAUUGUGUGUGUGUGUCUCUUUCAUCUUUCCCUUUAUCUUUUUUUUUUUUUACACCGUAUUGUAUUACAAACACCUUUAGUAUUCACCAGCAUAGUCACUGUCUACCUAAGAUGAUAAGAUGCAAAAAGGAAGACAUCAUUACAAUAUGAAGUAAAGGUCUAUGAAGUAUAAGGAUUUGUGUGUGUGCGCGUGCGUGUAACUAAUGUAAAAAGAAAAACACAAAUUUUAUAAAAUUGUACAGGUUUUUCUUCCUUUUUCUUUUCUUUUUUUUUUUUAAACUAGUCUCACAAGCCAAAGUAGGAAUCGCAAUAGUACCAAGCGUAUUGGCCUUAUGGUAUGUUUUUAAUCUAAGUUAAAAUCCUGACUUCCUUAUAGCUAUGCCACAAAGCCCUUAACAAGACUCAGUUGCCUUGGCUUGAGGGUCCCCGCUAUGAAAUUAACACUAACAGCCAGGGAGACCCCCAACUUGCCCUGCCUAUGCCAAGGGGAGAAACCAGUAUUGUGCUUAUUAGUCCCGUGACAUAAAACACUAUGUACAAAUGCCUUGUAUUUUAAAUAAAGGUCAAAUCUUUUAUUUAACCUCCA